AAUUAAAUAAAGCAUUGGAGAUUUUAUCCCCAACCGUGAGUGCAGCUAUACUUAUUGUUUCUAUAUAUAUAAAAAUGAUUGGGUUCCUUGCACGCACGCUCAAUGUUCAUAUAUAGAAAAAUAUUAAGUUUACUUCUUGGGUGCCAGUCCUAUGAGGAUGUUGAUAUUCACCUAAAUAGUGAAAGCAUGGGCUGCAGUAACAAAAAUCGACGUUUUGGUCCACACAGGGACCUUCUUCAGGAUAAAGUGACCUGAAAGCAUGGGCUGCACUCAUGGUCUUCUCAUACAAAAAUUCUUUAUUUCAUCUAGUAACAAAAAUCAACUGAAUUUGGGCUGCACUCAUGGUCUUCUGACCAACAGGUCACCCUAUCCUGAAGAAGGUCCCUGCAUGGACCAAAACGUAGAUUUUUGUUACUAGAUGAAAUAAAGAAUUUUUGCAUGAGAAGACCGUAAGUGCAGCCCAUGCUUUCACUAUUUAGGCAUAUAUAUAUACACCAAUAGAGAAGAUGACCAGCACUAUCGGAUUCCAAUAGGUAAUUAAAAGUUGUAAACUUUAUUCAUCCAUUUUUUUUUUUUAAAUUUGACAAUUUUUUUUUUUAAGCAUAGAUUGGGGGGUGAGGGUACAGAAGAGAAGAGGGGGGGUGGGGGGGGUCCAAUCUUAAGACAUCAAGGUUGUACAAAUAGUAGUAUGGUUGUAAACAGUGUGCAAGCUUUUCACCAACAUUGUUGUUUUUGGGUACGUUGUUGUCCAUUCUGCAUUAGGGGUUGUAGAUUAAUCAAGUGUGCAUAUCGUUUUCAAACAUUUAUGGUGCCAUAUCAUAUUUGCCCAUAUUCGUUCUGUAGCUAUCCCAUAUGGAGAGGGUUAAAGCAGUUGUGGGUAGCAUAUGAGUGUAUUUUGGCCUUUGGCUGUUCGGUGUCCAUGCUAGUGUCAAUAGGUUCUGUGAAGCUCGUUUCUAUUUUGACCCACGCGCUUUGUUCGUGGUGGUGGGGGAUUGUUAACAUUGGGGCGAUGUGAGCCGCUCUGUAGUAUCCUUUUACAUCUGGCUUUCCCAUUCCACUGUUAUUAAAUUGCCUGUGCAUGGUGUCCUUUGCUACACGUGUUUUUUUGUGUUCCCGUCAUACGUAGUCCAUUAGGAGGGUUUGUAGGUUUUGUAUAUAUGUUUUCGGCACUUUAAGUGGGAGUGUUCAGAAUAGGUACUGAAUUUUGGGUAAGAUCACCAUUUUUAUGGAAGCUAUUCAUCCUGCCCAUGAGACAAAUUUCCCCUUCCAGCUUUGCAUUAUGUUUUGGAUUUCACCUCGUAGUUUGAGGUAGUUUGCUGUAUAUAAUUUGGUCGGCGUAGGUGUAAAAGUUAUCCCUAAAAACUUUAUAUGGUCAUGCCUCCAGUCAUAGGUGAAACUAGCUUUGAGAUGUUGCAUGGCUUGUGUGGGGACAUUAAUGCCCAGAGCUAGGGUUUUUGCUAUGUUUAGUUUAUAAUAUGAGCAUUGACUAUAUUGGCUGAGAAUUUUAUGGAGGUUUGGAAGGGAUAUGUGUGGGUGUUCCAGCGUCAGCAGGAUAUCGCCUGCAAAAAGCGAAAGUUUAUAUUCUUUUCCUUUGGCUUGGACUCCGUGGCUUUUCGGGUCUUCCUGUAUUUGUUGGGUCAGGGGUUCCAGUGCCAGUAUGUAGAGCAGUGGGGAGAGUGGGCAUCCCUGUCUGGAGCCAUUAGACAUUGAGAACGGUUUGGAGAUGAAUCCCCCAUUUAUUACUUUAGCGGUUGGGGAGGAGUAGAGUGCCUCAACCAGGGCCAGAAGCUGAGGUGGAAAUUCGAAUUUCCGGAGCACAGCAGACAGGAAAGACCAAUUCAGCCUGUCAAAGGCCUUUUCCGCAUCCAAGGAUAACAGGAUGCUUGGGGCCUUCUUCUCUUUCAUAGCAUAUAGCAAGUGUAACGGCACCCCCAGGCAUAAAAGGGUUAAACCGCCGUUUAGUAGAUCUUCCCUUCCAGAGACACAGACACAGCUACUGUAGACACCAAUCCACCGAACCGGAGAAGCAUAUGAAUGCCGUAAACAGCUGAACCGGAACCACACAAAUGCUGUAAACAGCCAAAUAGGAAAAACCAUACGAAUAGGUUUACACUCCUAGCAGUCAAACUGGAACAGCAUACAAUAAAUCCCCCCAAGAACAAGACAAGGCUCCGUUUUGAGGGUCAAGCAGGAACAGUCAGAGCUGUGGGUUUAUUGUUCUUAUAUACACAUUAGUACCACCCACAGGGUUUUGGAAAACAACCAAUAAACACAUACAAUACACUCAGACACUCCCACACAAAAUCCUCCCCUCUGCCUGUGAUACAAUUACCUUACACAAUGGGUAAUGUAAUUAUCAACGGCAGAGAAAUACAGUUUUUCCACAUGAUUCAUACUCCAAAUACAAACAUAUGUCAAAAUCAUCCAAAUUGGUCCAUUGGUUCAAAAGAUAGAUCGAAGUCCUUUGUGACCAAAUGAAGCAUGGCUUUUCUGCCCAAAACCAGUUCCACAGAGUCUUCUAUCCUGGAGAUAAUUGGGAAGUAAUCCAAUUAUCUCCAAGGACAGAGGCAAAACUCCAUUAAGCACAUGACAGUAAAAAGACAGUAAAAUACUAUAAAAUACACAAGGUUACAUUUAUUACAUAAAAUACAGACAUGCAACAUAUCCCCAGAUAGCUUAGGCCUGAGCACACAUUAUUAAUGAAUGGCGCUCAGACCACACACAUACAGUUCAAUUGCCAUGGAGCCAAAGUCUUUCCCAUAGUCUUUCAUUAUAUGAAUGGGCUCCAUGGCAUAGCUAUCUGGGGUUUCACUGCUCAAACAGGGCAAGCACCGAAUGACCUGGCUUUCAUGUCUUCGCAGGGGAAAAUCAAGCGUUUCAACAUGGGGCCAUAGUCUAAAGGCAGCAGGCGGGCAACCAGGCUCCUCCAAUGCACAGUGGCGAGAUUGGUUUCGUCACAGCAAGUUUAAGAUUUUCCGUGCGCCCUCUGCUCCAUGUCUGCCACUUAAAAACCCCACUUGGUCUUCUUUUAUUAGUGUUGGUAUGAUAGGUGCCAGUCUGUUGGAAAAGAUUUUGGCUAUGAGAUGACAUCAGUAUUCAGCAGAGAUGGUUUUCCUGGUUUGGGGAGUGUGGCUACAUGCGCCAUUAACAUUUCCUUGUGCAGGGCUUUCACGUUUAGGGUAUGGGUGUAUAGUUUCUGUAGGUACGGAGCUAGUAUCGGUGCAAAUUUUUUAUAGUAUAGGUUGGUCAGUCCGUCUGGGCCCAGUGAUUUCCCAGGCGGGAGUGCUUGGAUGGUGUCCAGUAUUUCUUGUAUUGUGAUGGGGUCUUGUACAGCUUGUUUUUGGGCUGCUGAUAGCAUGAGCAGCGUGGUCUUUUGAAGGUAAGCGGCUAUUUCCUGUUCUGUGGGUUGGUGUAGGUUAGGGUCCUGUUUUAAGUUGUAUAGCGUGUUAUAAUAGUCGGCCAUCUCAUCGUUGAUAUCUCGAGGGUUGUGGAUUUUGUCCCCUGUGCGGGUGAAUAGAUAGGGGAUUUUGGAGUUGGCUUGUUUUUGUUUCAGUAAUGUUGCUAGAUGUUUUCCGGCUUUGUUGCCUUGAGUGUACGUAUUCAUUUUCAGUUUAGUUAGUAUAUGUGCUGUUUUGUUUAGAUUGAUAUUAUUGAUUUGUUCAGUGAUAUCUGCAACUUCUUUGGCCAGUGGUUCAGAGUGUUGCAGGAGGUUCGCGUUCGUUACGUCCCUAAGUUUCCUUAGGAGGUUUAUAUAUUCUUUGUCACAUUGUUUUUUGAGAUAUGAUGCGCGGCUUAUUAAUUUACCUCUCAUGACAGAUUUGUGAGCCUGCUAAAUCGUCGUGGUGUGUCGUUGAGCUUGAAGUAUUCUUGUAGGGUUUGGGUUAGUUGUUUCAGGUAUUCAGUGUUGUUUAGUAGUGUGUCAUUCAUACGGUCUACCUUGGUGCUGGUAUUGGUCUUGUAUGGUCACAGUUAAGGGUGCAUGGUCCGACCACACUAUGUUUCCUAUAGUGCAUUCUGUUAUUUGUGGGAGGAGUAUCCCUGAGGUCAGUAUAUGGUCAAUUCUGGAGUAUGUUUUGUGGACCUGGGAGUAGAACGUGUACUCCCUUGUUGUUGGGUGUAGUGUCCUCCAUACAUCAAACAGGCCCUGUGUGUGCGCAACAGUUUUACUAGUGGUUUGUUGUGAAGUUUAAGUGUGUGGUGUCUGCUGGAGGUGUCGUGGGCUGUCGAGUCUAGUCAGGCGUCUAUAGUGUGGUUAAAAUCCCCGCAAAGUAGUAUAGGGGCAUUAGUAUCGGCGGGUAGUUUACUAAGAACCCUGUGUAGCAAUUUUUUUUGAUUUUCGUUUGGGCUGUAUAUUCUAAUCAGUAUGAGAGGGUUAUUGUUAAGUAGGCAGUGUAGGAUUAUAAAUCAUCCCUGGCAGUCUUUUUUAAUUCGGAGUGGUUCUAUUGUCAAGGAGUUGUGGAAGAGGAGGGAGAUUCCCCUGGAUUUGGAUGUGUGUGUGGCAUGAUAUUGAAGGGGAUAAUAACGUGUAGCAAAUGCAGGAAUUCGGUUAGAUACGAAGUGUGUUUCUUGUAUGCAGAUAAUGUCUGCUUUAAUUCAUUUCAGGUCGUCCAGUAGGACACGUCUUUUAUGCGGGGUGUUCAACCCCUUAACAUUGUGUGAGUAUAGUUUCAUUUGUCCAAUGCGGUGGUGUCGUGUAUUAAAGUCGUGGGUCGUGGUAUUGUUGUGAUGGAAAGCUUGCGAUGUCCCUGUAGAGUUGGUGGGGUAGUCGGAGAGGUGGAGGGGGUUGUCUAGGAAUCAGGUGGGUGACCUCUUGGUCUGGUGCUAUCCACACCUUGGGGGAUGGAAGUAUUGGGGAGAGAAAACCUCCAAACAGGUGGCUGUUUGGGCUCCAUUCUAUCUUGUAGUGUCAGCAGAACAACAGUAUUUUGUGACAUUAAUCGAAGAACAUUAACGUGUAAACAUAUAAACAGGGAGUUUCCAUACAGUUCAAUAUUAGAUAGUUUCAAGUAAACUGUGGUGGUACAGAUAUGCAUCGCCACAUGUGGGCGCAGUUUUGGGUGGCAUAUUUGGUAGUGUCUACCUGGGUUUCGUUUUGAAAAAUUGUCCAGGUGCGGAGGCUUAUGAGCUGUGUGUGAUGAGUGGGUAUAGUUUCUAGCGUAAGACGCUCAAACUUUAUAGGGUCUAUAUUGGACCUCAAUGAGCAGGCUGCGGAGGUUCCUUCCAAAGUGGGUGGAAUCUAUUUCGGGCGACAGGACUUAAUUAAUUACGGUUAUUGCUGCUCUGCUUAUCUAGAUGUUGGUUCAUCGAACCAGGUGGCCACGGUUCAUUCGUAGUGGGACUGUAUUUCCACGGGAUGUCUGUUAGUCCCUCUUUCGUGUUCCCUACCCUCUGACUAUUUGUUUGUCAUUUACCCCGGUUUUGGGUGUAGUAUAAUAUUUAUCAUGACCCAUUUCUGUUGGUCCUUUACCCUUUGGAGGUAUGUCAUUCUUCCACGACCGGGGGUUUUCACCCAGUCUGGCUACGUCCUCCCUGUGACCAGUGUGUUGUAGGAAUUCUACCUAGUGAGUAAGGGUAGUGUUGCGCUAGUUAUAUUUGUAGGGGUGCCAUAUUCUCCCGGCUUGGUUCCCCAGUUUAUUUGUGGUUAAAUUGGAUGCCUGUUGUGUCCUGGCAGGGUUGUGGCAGGUGCUCGUGUAGUACAUUUACAAGCAAACAUUGUACAUUAGAAGCUAUUUAUAGCAUGCAUAUCUAUAGCAGUUUAAAAUGCAAAUUUUAACAUCUAAUCUUGCGGUCAUUUGAACAGUGACCUAUUGUAAACAUUUAUCCCUAUACAAGGGUUAAGAUACUUGCGGCAGGUGUGCAUUCAGACUAUCAGUCCACAGGGGAGAAGUGACCUUUUCCUGGUGUGGUGUGUGUUGCAGCCGGCAUUUUGGUGAUUAAGCCCCAUUCCUCUAGUUUCCGCAUGCCUUCUUCAGGUGUAGAAAUGGACUUUGUUUCCCCAUUUCUCGUGAGAAGGAGUUUUGUGGGGAAUCCCCAUCUAUAGCGGAUUCCUUUUUUACUUAAUUCUGUCGUGAUCAGUUGAAAUUGUCUCCUGGGUCGUAAGGUGGCUGCAGAGAGAUCCGCCAUAAUCCGUACUGUAGGGAAAUCUUCAUGCGGGUCUUGCUUGUUACGGUGCGUUUUGAGGAUAAGUUCCUUGAUGUGAAAGUAAUGUGCUCUAUUGAGCACAUCGCGGGGUGUUGCGUCCGGCAGAUGUCUAGGUUUUGGGACCCUGUGUAGCCUGUCUACCAGGAGCAUGUCCGUCGGGAUGUCCGGUGCAUAGGCGUGUAGUAGACCUGCAAUAAAGACCGGCAAGUCAUCAGGGAGCACAGUCUCCGGAAUGCUGCGUAACCUCAGGUUAUUCCGGCGGGCUCUGUCCUCGUAAUCUGCCAUGCGGGUUUCCAUGCUUUCCACUUGCUGUUGCAGGGCUUGUAGUUCGUUUUCCGUUUCUGUUUGCACGGAGUCCAGGUCUUAGCAGUGCUGCUCUACUGAGGAUGUCCUGGCAGUCAGGUCCCUCACUUCCUUCCUUAUCUGAUCCGCCGUCACUUUCCAAGUUUGGAUUAGUUUUACCGACAUGGUUUCAAUGGUUUGCUCAAAAUAUUUUUUGGUGAGUCCCUCUGAUUUAUUUGGCUCAUCAUGUGGAGUUGAGAUGGGGUCUUGCUUCAAGUUCUCAGUGCCAUCUUGUAGGGCGGCCUGCGUGAUCUCCGUAGUUGCUGCCGCUUUGUUGUUAAAAAAGUUAAUUUUUUCCGCUUUUGUAGUGGAUUUCUUAGUUUUUUUGUUGUGCCAUGAUGCGUCUUGCUAUUAGUGGCUGUUGCCCGUUGUAUCUGCAUGUGGAUUUGUAAUUUUAAUGGAGCCCAUGUGCCGGAGCAGAUUCUUAUGCGGCCAUCUUCCUUGGCGGUCAGCCACGCCCCCUAUUCAUCCAUUUUUAAAAAUAGUUGCUCAACGUUUCAGUCCACGUUUGGGACUUUCAUCAGGAACAACAGCCAUAAAUACAAAACAAACAUAUAUAGGAGAAACAAUCAUUGUAAAUUGACUUACCCCAGGUGUACCCAAUCCCCUGAGUGCUGCCGCCCACGGCCCCAAGGGUCCUCUGCGCAUGCGUGUACGUGCUCCGCCCCCAUUCUGCGCGACCACGUGAUAUCCGUUGUAGUGGAAACCCGAAACAAGCCACGUCUUCAUGGCAACCCGGCUACUCACUAGCCGUCCUCUAAAAGACAGUGAUCGUGAAAAAGAUUUGUGACAGUGAUAAUAAGAUUAACUUAACCCCUCAAUUCCCAAUUAAAGGCUGAAAGACAAAACAAUUAAUACAACAUAAUCCUGCAAUCGGGAACUAUAUCAAUAAGGUGCUCUAAGUGCCCAUAUUUGUUUACAUCCUCCACUUAAAGGGGUGGAAAUUCCCACCAAAUAAAUCUAAUCCAUAUGUUACAACCCAUACAAUUAUUACAGUUAGUGCAUCCACUACUCAAAAGAACCAACUGUAUAAAGUGCAUAGGGCUUAACCAAGUGAUAUAAUGUGCUAAUAGUACUAAACAGUGCAACUAGUGAUAAGAAGGGAUCAAUUGUGUAUAUAGAGCGCUACUACUAGCCUAUACAAUUCUUAAUGAUACUUUAUGCUUCACAGUACAGCAAGCUAUAUGCCAGAUAUACUGUGGAGUAUACAUAAAACCUAAUGUGCAAAAAUGUUUUUUAGAAAUGGGGCCAAUGUCAGUGCAUAUAAAGUGCUAUGUGCUUAUUGACAAUACACAAAAAAAAUGUGAAAGGGGCAGUAUAUCCACACAGAGGGAUAGGUGACAUCCAAAGAGAUAGAUAUGGACAUGGAUAAGUUCAAUAAUCAUGAGUAGAAAAAAUAUACAAAAAAUAUACAAAAAGGCUUAAUGACAAUAAAAUCAAAACGUGAAAAAAUUAAAAACACUUGCUACAGGGAACUCAUAUAAAUGAGUGAUAGGAGAUCAUGUCAUUCAGUCCUUUUGGGGCUAUAGUGUCCAACAUAUAAAUCCAAAAUGUUUCUUGAUUUAAAAGAAGUUUGCUUCUAUCUCCCCCCGUUUUGGCGGAGGUAUGUAAUCAAUAGCCACGAACUUGAGUGUCGACAAUGGAUGUUGAAAGGCGAGAAAAUGCUUAGCAACUGGUUGAUCUGCGGUACCGUCCCGAUAAGCUACCCGUAUGCUCGAUCUGAAGAUGGCAACCGCCAAAAUACUCUGACCUGUGCCAGGCUGGAGCAGCAAGUGAUCAUAGACAGGGCCUUUUGUACACUGCUAAUGUUUAUAUAAAUGUAUGUUUUAAUGUAACUGUGAAGCACUUUGGGCAACAGCGUUGCAAUUAAAUGUGCUAUAUAAAUAAAUAAUAACAGUUACUCCGCCCACUUCAGUUGUAGACUACUGGUGGAGGCAAGAACACUUCACACAAUGUCCCCAGAAAUUGUAGCUCUUCUAGUUAUAUAUUAAUAUCAAAAUACAAGUAGAAUGAUAUUGAUUAAAUAUAUAUAUAAUUAUCAUUAUAUAUAAUAUAAAAUAAAUAAAUAUGUAAAUACGUUAAAAAAUAAAAUAAAAAAUAUAUAUGUGUAAAUUCGUUCUAACUGUAUUUUAAAAUUAAUAUAUAUAUAUAUAUAUAUAUAUAUAUUGAUAUCAAAAUACAUGUAGAACGAAAUAAUAUAUAUAUAUAUCUAUAUACAUAAGUAUAUACCUAUAAUAUAUAUAUAUAUAUAUAUAUAUAUAUAUAUAUAUAAAUAAUUUUAAAAAAUUAUAUACAUAUAUAUAUAUAUAUAUAUAUAUAUAUAUAAAUUCAAAUAGUGAUCAGCACUCUCGGAUUUUCAAGAAUUAAAAAUAACAAUUUAUUGGAGGGCGGAGCCUAACCACUGACCAAGAUGGACGUGUAAUCCCUGAGCUCCCUCACCCCUGAGCUUACCAUCGGCUUACAUCUGCGAUCUCACAACGCAAUCCAUCCCUGAAAACAUCCAAUAUCCCCUUCUACUUCAACCCUUCACAUUAUCCCACCAUGGGAGGAAAUAAAAAACGGAGGGAGCACACGCCGUCGGUGGCCACCCUGUUUCGCGCCUCUGAGCAGGGGCGGCCAUCUUCGGCCCCGAAUACUCAGCAAUCUGGCUCCGACUCGGAUGACGGUGAGAUGCCAGAGGACUCCUCCGCACCCAUCACGAUGGGCAACCUGAGGAAACUCCUCAGAGAAACGUCCGCGGACAUCAAAGCCUACACUGCGGCGGAAUUGGAGAAACAGAUGGCGGGCCUUAAGGGCGACAUCGACGCGCUCACAACCCGCGCAACGCAGGCCGAGCAAGACAUCAGGGACCUGUCCCAAACAACACAAUCCCAACAGCAAGAACUCCUCACCAUGCAGGACAGAAUAGUGCAAUUGGAAGAUGGCCUGGAAGAUCUCAAUAAUAGAUCUCGCCGGAAAAACAUCAGGAUCCGUGGUCUGCCAGAAUCGGUGCCACCGGAGGCCGUCCUCACUACUGUCCAAGAGAUCUUCCGCAACCUCCUCCCAGACGCAGCAGCCCACGACCUAAACAUAGAACGGGCACAUAGAGUACUGCGGCCCCCCACGCCUAAUCUAGCUUCACCGAGAGAUGUAAUAGUGAAACUGCUACUAUUCACCACCAAAGAAAAGCUGAUGGCGGCGGCCCGCUCCAACCCACCGACACAUCAGGAGCAGCAGCUGCAGUUCUUUCAAGACUUGGCGCCCACAACCCUGCGAAAACGGAGGGAACUAAAACCCCUCACCGCCUCGCUGUUACAGCACGGAUGGAAAUAUACAUGGGGCCACCCGUUCAAGUUAAUGGUCCGGAAGGACAAUCACGCCUAUACCCUCCACUACCCUGCUGACAUGUCGGACUUCGCCAAACAUAUCGGAGUCCCGCUCCUCCAAGCAUCCGCACCCACCGACAAAGCACCACAACGUUCCAGCCGCACAUCACAAAAGGACGACGCGACUUCCCUACGCAUACCUCAGCGGAACAAACUGCAGCAGACCCCAAAGAAACCAGCUUGAAGGGCCGCACACAAAAGAUGAUGGAGGCGACAGACACAAACGCAGGACACUUUCAAGUGUUAGCCGGUUGAUCAGGUUUCAUCCCUAUGGCGCCCCCCUUCCCCUUUGGGGCUGCUGCCCCCCCCUCCCCUCCCCGCUUGCCCCGUGGGCCCACCGCGACCCCCUUGCGGGGGCGGGGGCUGCCCCGGCGGGGUAUGGUCGCGCUGUUCCCCUUACUAGGGGCCACCGGGAGACGACCUUCAUUCGUUGGGGGAGCCUCGCCCGCCCAGGCACGGGCGGGACCCCCGCAGCUAUAUCUGGGACCGGGCGGGGUUGACGCGCAGCCAUCUGAAGGAGGGCCUGGGCGUCUUCACCCACAUCCCCUACCAAAAUGAUAAACGGGAACAUGGGCACCCCCUGGCCGAAUAUGGGAUCACCGGGACGGACCCAGCCCAGAAACAAUCAGGGAGGUUGAUGCACGGCUAGCGGCAGGUGGUUAUAGCUAGGACAUGCCGGCCAUAAGCUCCCCUGACCAAUGACGCACUAAGCUACCCCACCCUGGGUUACACUCUCCUGGCACAAAAUAGGCACCGCACCAUUGUUAACCCACAGGGGAUAGGCACCGACCUCUCAGCUGUUAGCGACUAACGGAGGUCUUCCCGUGCAUCAGUCACCCUCGACUCCCACCAUUAUUAAAGGGCUAGAAGGCUAGCAUAGCUCAUAGGCGCACAGGCGCGGAGGUGGUUAAUCUCAGGCACACGGGUAGCACGCCAGAACUGGAUUCACGCAUGUCCCGCCGGGGUGCCAUAUGCAAACCCCGCUAUACGCCCGCCCGGUCCCCCUACUGGAACCCCCCAUUAUGAUUAUACACUGUAAGGUAUGCAUGGGGGACAUUGCUGUGGGCGCACAGGCGCAGGCAGUCCCGAGGGGUUUUGAACGGGACAAUGGGUGAACCUAGGACUUCACACAAUACCUACCGACUGACGGUGACAGCGUAUCGGACAGGGACGACUUAGCCCCACAUCGGCAAGACGCCCCACCCCGGACGGCCAACCCCUGACGGACGUCACCCAAGGUUAAGCCCCUGGACGAAGAGGGAUCCCCCUCGAGAGAAACCGCAGCCACCCCCACAGCAAUUCAGCAAUUAGACCUGACACCUAAGUGCAGGAUCUUGCAAGAGACCCGAGGACCUAAUACCUUCACCUGGACGGACUCAGUAGGCAACUAUCCCCCACCCGACAUACAGCAGACACUUCCCUUAUCCGUUGACAUCGACAUUCAGACGGAGGGACUUAGACAUCAAUGAAGUAUUACUUCCCCAUGUUAUUCCACAGUAUAUAUCUUGUAAUAUGAAUGUCAACGCCAAACUGUUGCUUAUUGAAGACUGUAUAAUGUAAUGUAAUGUACUGUAAUAUGGCUGCCAAUACAAUCCUACUGCCUUAGACAGGCACCACCCUGCAGGACCCAUACAUCUCCCCUACACCACAUCCAACAUUAAUGGUACCCCAGGUGUUAUCGCACUCCAAGUCUGGAGCAGUGGGGGGGGACCCCUGACAGGAGAAACAUGCGGGCUAGCAAGGCACAGCUGGAAAGUGACCGACACACCACCAGUGACACUGUUCACAGGGCUCAUGCCGCACUCACCAGACACUGAGCGGUUAUACGCCUCGCCAAGUCGGUACACCAAGGGCUGAACAGCAUACAUCCCAUCCCCACGGCACCAUAGCACAACCAGGGUGGACGGUAGCACCCCACCUCACGAAGCCCAGACUCCCCCCCUCCCAUCCUAUGACAACCCCAGGACGCCCAUAUGCACCGUCAGAGGCCACUGGGGAGGAAGGAGGACCCCACAAUGACAACAGCAUGACCCACCGACGUACCACAUAAAGAUGCAAAAGGGAAUCAUGAAAACAUGAGACCUCAACCGGACGAUCCGCCCCGUACGGGUGACCGGCGUACAAGCGCCCUGAUCUACACCGGCGACAUGAGACAAAGUCCUCACUAACACGGGCUGACAUAUAUCCCAUACAACACACAACAUAUAAGCCUACCGCAGACACACCGUAAACGCACAGCCUCAGGGGAAGGCAGGGGACACACUGGCCUUCCCGACCCCACACCCACACACCUCUAUCUCUUACCCAUACACUCGACCACCCUUUGCCCCCGCAGAAAAGCGGGGCAAAACUCCGCCUCCAACUAUCCUGGCUCUAUCCUGGUAAGACCAGGUACGAUCGACUUACCUAACGAACCCACCAACACUUAUCACCGCACAACACCCGAACACUACACUACCUUUCUCUUACCUCCUCUACCCCAGCCGACCACCCACUCACACCCCACCCACCCACCUGGUCCCCCUCUUUUGCACCGCCCAGGGGUAAGACACCCCGGUAGGGGAUAAUUGGGGAAAGGAUCCAUGGCACCCCCGUUGACGUGUAUAUCCAUCAAUUGUAAGGGCCUCAACAACCCUCUCAAGCACCACCAAACCAUGCGAUGGGCAAACAGAACCCGCGCUCACAUUAUUUUCCUACAAGAAACUAAUUUCCAACACAACAGAACUUUCCCCCUCCAAAAUAGAAACUACAACAGGACCUAUCUUGCUAACUCACCGACAGGCAAACAAAACGGAGUGGCAAUACUAUUGCACAAAGCAUGUCCCCUUACUGUGGACAAAACAGAGGCAGACCCACAAGGGCGAUAUGUAACGGCGGCAGGGACAAUAGGCACCCAAAAAUACGCCUUUACCUCGAUCUAUGCUCCCAAUGUCCCUUCCACCUCCUUUUGGCUAGCGCUACAAGCACAUUUAGCACUAUUCUCCUCCUACCACUUGGUAAUAGGAGGGGACUGCAACGCCACCCCAUCCCCAGCGAUGGAUAGACACAGGGCAGGCCACCAAAUGGCAUCUCGGGGUCGCACGGCAACCUCUGACAAACUUCUCCAAGCCUUCCUCAUGCGCACACACCUUGUGGACGUAUGGAGGGCGCAACACCCGGCCUCUCGGGAUUACACAUUCUAUUCCCACCCCCACCAAUCCCACUCACGCAUAGACAUAUUCUUGACCUCCCCAUCUGUGGUACCAAUGAUCAAAUCCACGACCAUAGGAUUAAUCACGUGGUCAGACCACGCUGACAUCUCACUUAGUCUCGACCCACCGGCCACGACCCGCCGAUGGCACUGGCGCCUGAACCCCACCCUACUGCACAACCCAAUGAUCAGAGAUCAUACCUCUCAAGCCAUCACCGACUAUUUCACAUUGAACCAACACUCAGUCACAACACAGGGGAUACUGUGGGCGGCGCAUAAGGCAGUAAUUCGAGGCACCCUAAUAAGCCAAGCCACCCACCACAAGAAACAACGCCUAGCAAAAUUAGAACAUAACCUGAAAGAACUCCGCUCACUGGAAAUCGCCUUCAAAACCCAACCCACUCCAGACUUAAACGUUAAAAUACGCCAACUUCAGACAGCCAUAAAAGACUUCAUGUCCGCGGACACAGUCCGGGCCCUCCAAUGGACCCGCCAGCUCUUUUACGAGAAGUCCAACAAAGCGGACACUUUACUUGCCCGUAAACUCAAUCGCAGAGCCGCAUGUAACGGAUCACCUGGCACCCCGACUGGGUACCUCCGUUGAAAGAUGCUCCUAGCGCUUCCAGAGGACUCCAAGCACUCCACCAGACACCAUAACCACCGAACCAGAGAAGCAUAUGAAUCCUCUCAAGCAUAUGAAUGCUGUAGACAGUUGAAUAGGAACCAUACGAAUAGGUUUACUCUCCUAGCAGUCAAACUGGAACAGCAUACAAUAAAUCCUUCCCCCAAUAAUGAGACAACACUUCACUUUGAGGGUUAAAACAGGAACUCUCUGUACUGUCACAUACAGUCUCUUUUAUUCCCAAUCCACAAACAUAGUACAGCCCACAGGGCGUUACAAAACAACCAAUCACAUAUCAGUUACAUCCCACAUAUUCCCUCCCCUUAUCCUGAGAGGAAACUCAAUUACACAUACAGUUAAAACAUACUUUCUACCCAACUUUCAUAACUCUAAAACCAUACAUCACAUUCACAUAAAAUUACAUAUUCACAAUCAAUCCAUUCAGGGGAACAACAUAUUAAAAAAUGGCAUGAAUCAGACCAGGGGUUCAAAAGUUAGUAAAAAAGUCCUUUGUGACUAAAUGAAGCAUGGCUUUCUGGCCCAAACCAGUUUCAGAGUCUUCUAUCCUGGAGAGUAAUUCAAUUAUCUCCCAGGAUAGACACAAGACUCCAUUAAGCACAUGGUUGCAAAAAGACACAAAACACUUUAAAAUACAUAAAGUCACAUUUACACAUAACACACAGACAUUUCACAUAUCCCCAGAUAGCUGGGAUCUGAGUGCACAUUAUUAGAUGAAUGGCACUCAGAUCACACAAAUAAGCCUUUCUGCAGGGGAAAUAAACGGUUUAACCUGCAGGGCCAUAGUCCAAAGGGAGGAGGCGAGCAACCAGGCUUCUCCAGUUCACAGUGGCGAGGUUGGUUUCGCCACACUUCUCCCCUUUACCAACUAGACUAACAGGGUAUCUGACCUCCUGCCUGUCAGUGCCCUGGUUAGUCCAGCAACCCACCCACAAAACAGAAACAGCAGUACAGCCCACCCACAAUAACUGGUUACUACACCUGGGUAGAGGAAAACUUUGUCCAUGUCCAGGUGCCUCACCACGACUGUGUGGGCAACUGUUAGGCUGCCUUGGUGGGUUGCUAAGUGGGCAGAGACCAGCGGUACUCUGCCCUGAUGCCAGUGCUACCACGGAAGUAGCCUGGUGGGAGCCCGGUUGUGGGAGGGAGAGACCGACUGUCUCCCCUCUGGAUACACCGCUCUGUGGCUGGGGAACAGGACCGACUGUCCCUACCCCUUGUGCUGUAAGUGCAGAGACUACAGUCCCAUCUGCACUGUUGGGGGUGUAACAUCUCCCCUUGCUGGGUUAGGCUGCCGCUGGAGAGAGGGUGUAACAAGCUCCUCUCUCUGAACUGUAAACUGCCGCUGGGGAGAGGGGGUAUCAGGCUCCUCUCCCUGACACUCUCUCUGCUGGUGGAGAGGGGGACCAGCUGUCUCCCUUUCAUUAUUUUGUCCUGUGGUUGGGGUGCGAGACUGACGGUCUCUGCUCCCUGCAGGACACUCUGCCGCUGGGGAGGAAGGACGGCACCUUCAGCUCCCUGGGGUACACACUGCCGCUGGGGAGAAAGGACUGCACCUUCAGCUCCCUGGGGUACACACUGCCACUGGGGAGGAAGGACUGCACCUUCAGCUCCCUGGGGUGCACACUGCCGCUGGGGAGGAAGGACUGCACCUUCAGCUCCCUGGGGUACAUACUGCCGCUGGAGAUCUGGGCCGACCACCCAGCAUCCCUGUAGGGCCGGUUGAGAGACCGCCGUCCCAUCUCCCCCUGCCAUCUGUGGGUCUGCCCAGGACCAGUCUGUGAGGUCCCUCAACAUUUGCGAGUAAGGACCACCUGCUUCCGCACCUGGCAACUCCGGCUGCUGCUGGGGAUCUGGGCCGGUCCCAUCUCCACAUGCCUGUUGUGGUUCCUCACAGGACCAGUCUAUGAGGACCCCUACUUCGGGUUCCUGCGGCCGCCUCAGGGAGAGACGGCUAGCCUCCUCGGAUGCAACCUCUACUCGGCUGCUGUAACACUCCUUCCGCUGAGCAUACUCUUUCGCCAGCCGGAAUUCUCGGGCCAGCCUUGUGUUUCGCUCGGCCGUGACCUGGUUCCAGAUCACCCGGCGUACCUCCAUGGGUAAAUCAUCCCCAUACUGGCCCACUCGCUGCCUCACCUCGGCCAUCCAAUCAUCGCCAGAGCCUUCCAUACUUGUCUGCUCCAAGUCGCUGGAUACCUCUGCUCCCAGGGUCGCUGCACGUGUGCUAGCGUUGCCCUCAAUUUGUAAAUCCAAAUGAACUGUGUCUCUGAGCUGCUUUACCUCGCACUAGGACGCCAUCCCACCGCUUGCCACCAAUGUAACGGAUCGCCUGGCACCCCGACUGGGUACCUCCGUUAAAGGAUGCUCCUAGCGCUUCCUGAGGACUCCAAACACUGCAGCAGACACCACAACCACUGAACCGGAGAAGCAUAUGAAUCCUCUCAAGCAUAUGAAUGCUGUAGACAGUUGAAUAGGAACCAUACGAAUAGGUUUACUCUCCUAGCAGUCAAACUGGAACAGCAUACAAUAAAUCCUUCCCCAAUAAUGAGACGACACUUCACUUUGAGGGUUAAAACAGGAACUCUCUGUACUGUCACAUACAGUCUCUUUUAUUCCCAAAUCACAAACAUAGUACAGCCCACAGGGCGUUACAAAACAACCAAUCACAUAUCAGUUACAUCCCACAUAUUCCCACCCCUUAUCCUGAGAGGAAACUCAAUUACACAUACAGUUAAAACAUACUUUCUACCCAACUUUCAUAACUCUAAAACCAUACAUCACAUUCACAUAAAAUUACAUAUACACAAUCAAUCCAUUCAGGGGAACAACAUAUUCAAAAAUGGCACAAAUCAGACAAGGGGUUCAAAAGUUAGUAAAAAGUCCUUUGUGACUAAAUGAAGCAUGGCUUUCUGGCCCAAACUAGUUUCAGAGUCUUCUAUCCUGGAGAUAAGUAAUUCAAUUAUCUCCCAGGACAGACACAAGACUCCAUUAAGCACAUGGCUGCAAAAAGACACAAAACACUUUAAAAUACAUAAAGUCACAUUUACACAUAACACACAGACAUUUCACAUAUCCCCAGAUAGCUGGGAUCUGAGUUCACAUUAUUAGAUGAAUGGCACUCAGAUCACACAAAUAAGCCUUUCUGCAGGGGAAAUAAACAGUUUAACCUGCAGGGCCAUAGUCCAAAGGGAGCAGGCGAGCAACCAGGCUUCUCCAGUUCACAGUGGCGAGGUUGGUUUCGCCACACCGCACAUAAAAGAAUCACCAAAAUCCACUCUAGAGAGGGACAGCUGCAGGACUCACCAGACCAAAUAGGAAAGAUAUUUCAAGAAUACUUCUCGGAGCUCUAUGAUCAUAGCCCCCAACACAGACGAGACCCCGCACAACUAACCACCAAAAUCAAUGAAUACCUCGACUCUAUCACCCUACCCUCACUAACACCCGAAGGGGCUAGCCGACUGUCCGAAGAAAUUACUAUAGACGAAAUAGCAAAAGCACUCAAAACACUAAAACCAAACAAAUGCCCGGGCCCAGUCGGAUUCUCGGGGUUAUAUUACAAAACCUUUGUGUCGACCCUACUCCCGCAACUAAGCAAACUCUACAACUCACUCCUGCAGGGGGACCCCCUGCCCCCUGAUAUGCUGCAGGCGAACAUCUGCCUCCUGCCGAAACCUGGCAAGACCCACCUCGAUCCCGGACAUUACAGACCAAUAUCCCUACUAAACGUAGACGUCAAACUAUUCACGAAGGUGAUGGCGGAAAGACUUAACCCCCUCCUUCCUCGACUUAUCCACCCAGACCAAGUAGGCUUUAUCCCACACAGACAAGCCAGUGAUAACACCAGGCGCACCUUCGACCUUAUCUGGUACACCAACCGCAGACGCAUACCGACCUUGCUAAUAUCCCUAGACGCCGAAAAGGCAUUUGACAGAUUGCUAUGGCCCUUUCUUUUCGCAACCUUACAGAAAUUCGGCUUCCCACCACCCUUCCUGGACGCACUGACGACCCUCUACUCCUCCCCCACGGCCACUCUUCUCCUACAAUCGACGAUAGCCCCUUCCUUCCAAAUUAAGAAUGGAACGCGACAAGGGUGCCCACUCUCCCCCAUCCUUUUCGCCAUCUCCCUUGAACCACUACUCCAAGUCCUGCGUAACCACAACGAGAUCCAAGGAGUUCGAAUUAGGGAUGAAACUUAUAAGAUUGCGGCAUAUGCAGAUGAUGUACUUUUGUCAAUAACAGACCCGCUGAACUCCCUGCCACCCCUGUCCAUGGAGCUCACGAAAUACGCCCAACUUUCGGGAUACAAACUCAACCUAGGAAAAACCGAGGUCCUCCCAAUCCAAGUAGAUCAAACCACUCUCCAAAACCUCCAAAGGAGGCACCCGUUCACAUAUCAGACCACAGCCCUGAAAUACCUAGGUAUCACGCUCCCAGCGGACCUAAGACAAACCUACAGCUUAAACUACACACCCCUGUUAGCAACGGCCACACAAGACUUAGCAAACUGGAAAAACAUGUCGAUUUCAUGGAUCGGUCGAACGACCUCGAUCAAAAUGAACCUCCUCCCGAGGUUCCUAUACCUCUUUCAGACCCUCCCAAUACCGAUCCUAGCCUCUGACUUUAAAAAACUUCAAACUCAUAUAGACAAGUUUAUAUGGGCUGGAAAAGAGCGCGUAUAGCCCGACGCACACUGUACAUACCAAAUAGGCAGGGCGGACUAGGACUUCCCAACCUCACCCACUACUUCUACGCGGCACAAAUAGCACAGACAAUCCAACUCCACGCGGCCCCUGGCCUUAAGAGAUGGGUAGACCUAGAACAUAACAUAUUUGGUUCAGACUUUCCCUCUCUCUUCAUCUGGCUCCCAAAAGACGCCAGGCCACCGACUCCCAUCACCUCCCCAGCUAUUCUCACCAUGAUAAACAUUUGGGAUAAAAUCACCCAAAAACAUGACCUUAUCUCCCAGCCCUCCCCACUAAUGCCCAUCCUCCGGAACACUAAAUUCACGCCAGGUAUGCACCCGAAGGACUUCGUCUGUUAUGAAGACAACGACUUGAUCCGCAUUCACCAAUUUUACAAAAACCAAACCAUCAUACCCUUCGCGGAACUCCCCCAACAGACCCCCUUCAUGGCUCGCGACCUCUUCCGUUACCUACAGAUCCGCAGCUACAUAGAAAAACCAGCCUUAGUGAAAGCGAGCAACUCCCCUCUCACACCGCUGGAAAAAGCGUGCAACACACAUCCACUAGGCACGGGACAAAUAUCAAUCUUAUACUCCUUACUAAGCAGACAACCACGGGAUGGAUCCCUUUCCUACACUGCCACCUGGGAGAGAGACCUUGGCCCCAUAGGGGACCAGAGCGACUGGGCAGACAUAUGGGAAGCUACAGCAACGGUAUCGAUAUGCGUUAAUCACAAAGAACAAGCAUACAAAACCCUCCUCCGAUGGUACGUCACCCCACUACGCCUGAAACAAAUGAAACAAUCAGAUAAUGAUCUGUGCUGGAAGGGUUGCGGGAACAGAGGUACAUACACUCACAUGUGGUGGGAGUGCCCCCGGGUAACCACUCUUUGGCAACAUAUGGCGCGACUCGCCACACAGGCUCUACACACCACAAUCCCGUUGGAACCUUGGCUGUGGCUCCUAUCCAGACCACUUAAAAACACCCCAAGGGCACAAAACAAACUACUGGCCAAGCUAGCUUUGGCCACCAGACGAGCGAUCGCGGAGAAAUGGGGGAGCCCAGACAUCCCGUCCACCACAAUCAUAAAACAGAAAAUUAACGAUGCCAUGCAAAUGGAUAAACUAACUGCCUUAAUACACGACACUACCAAACACUUCGACAAAAUAUGGGAGCCAUGGAUCUUCGAAUUCCCCACCCUGCCAAACGUCCCAUCAGGGGGGAUUGACCAGGUGGGAGGGAGCACCCGAGGACCUCCAACACGGCCAACUGACCCAACCACACAGAGCGAUGCUCGAACUCGUGCUAACACACCCCAGACCAGACCACACUGUCAAGCAGACCCCAGAGCACAUCCAAAGUAGAGAAGACAAACAGUGUCACAGGUAAACAAACCACAAUCCCACAAUACUCUAGACACAAAUAGCACCUCAGGAACAAACCAAACAGACCACACAUCUUAGCACCGUUAGAGGCAGCCCACCAGUCAUAGUGGGAGGCACUCGACCUGGGCAAAAACACUUGGCCCAACACUCCCCACCUUUCAACUAUAACCCGAGGACGGGCACACACAUAGACCAUGGAUAGAGCUAUAGCCUACCCAAACGUAUAACCACCCAACCCCAGAAUACUCAACCCCACGGCAUAUCCCAGCCUGGAAAGGGGUCGCAACACAUCUAUAGGUCCACCAACAAAUCUCAUACGCCAGCCUCACGGAGUGACAGACCCCCCCCUUCCUGUACACACCCCAGAUGGAGACUCACAAACACACACCACCUCCUAUCUGGGAAACUAAACACACCACACACACAACAACACGUCACAUAAACCAAACGUAACAUACUUGAAACCACGGUAAACUGUUACGCGAUGUAAUAUAGUUCACCCCACCCCAGGAGUUACAUCCCGGAGCCCCCCUCCCACUAAAUACAGAGUCAAACUAAAGCAAUUUUAAACAGCAGCAGCAACCAGAACCACCGCACAAUCAGGCACACCACUAGAUCAUAGCUCAAGCAUCUUGCCAGCUAUAGACAAAGUCAGCAAAAAACAGGAACUCUGUGUACCUGACCUUCUACCCAAGCCCCCCUAAUUUGGGUACCCUACCCCGGCUACUAUGUACAAGCAACGACGAAGAAACUCUAUAAAAAUAAGACCAGGAAGGCUACUGUGCCAGGCACACAUGAGGUACAAUGUUAACAGCAGGCUCAACCUUGUUUUGUUAACUGCCAAUGAUGUACAAUAUGACGGUCAUAUUAAUCCAUGUCAAUGUAUGAUACUCUGUCAUAACAAUAAUCACAAGGACGACUGGUCCUAAAACCCUGUUACCCUCCUCCCCCCACCCCUUCUUCCUUUCUGUACCCCUAUAAACCCCUUUUUAUGACUUGAAAACAAUAAAAAUCUUGAAUUUAAAAAAAAAAAAAAAUAACAAUUUAUUGAGUAUCCAUUAAAAGAUCAAUGUUUCAGUCCCAGCAGGGACUUUCAUCGGGAUCAGACUAUUGCAAAUGGUAUGCCUUCAAGGGGGUAAUUCUCAUUCCUGGGCUACAAUAUGCUCUCAAAGGCAACGUAACCAAUCUGGCGAAUUUAAAUGUGAAAAAAACGGAAAAAUUUAACAUGCUAUAUUUGACCCUGUAACUUCCCAAAACACCAUAAAACCUGGUACUAUUUGACAACUGAGACAUCGUUGAAUACAAAUAUGUGUAUAUUUUUGCAGUAAAAGCAAACAGUAUUAUGACACUCACAGUUAGAAUAUAAUCCUAGAAGGAGGAGCAUAACUGAGUAAAAUACAAAAAGGCUUUAUUACACAAAAAACACAUGUAUAACAGGUAUCAGCAUAGAUAUUAAAGAAUUGGAAAUGUUAAAACAUCUCUAUCCAAUAUGCAAACAAUAAUUGCAGAUAAAGUCAAAAUAGGGAAAAAAACAGUAUUGAUCAAAAAAUGAUCCAAUUAAAGUGGUAUAACCACCAAUUCAGAGCAACAGUACAUUAGAUACCUGUAUAUACUGAUAAACAAAAAGAUACAUACCAAGAACAACAGGAAAUAUGAGAGGAGGGUACAGACAUGAAAUACAAAAAAUAGCCCAGGGCUAACAACACUUCUUAAUUUCUCAAAUUUUUUUAUAUUCUAUUCAUAUUAAAUUAUGUUUCAUAGCUAAAUAUUUGAUGAUAAAUGAAAGCCCUAUUUCUCCUGUAUAAAAUUAUAUAUAAUAAGUGUGGGUGCAUUACAGGUGAAUUACAGUUGAACAGACAUAUAGUCAAAUUCCAAGUUUUGUUUACGUUUUAUUUUGAUCAAAACGUGUACAUCUGGCUCAGUCCUUAAGGGGUUAAACCAAAACCAAAUAACCAUAAAAUCAUUUCAAGGCUACGCCCCUGAAAGCCAGGAGCCAUAUGUAUAUAUUUCCAAUCAAAUAAACCAAAUCCACCCUCCUGUGAUGCCCAGGAGGGUGACUUAUAUCCCAACACCACCGAGCUUCUGGGCAACCAAACUCGAUAGCCCCCCAGAGCCCACCGCCAUCACCACCAUAGGCAAUUAAAUAUUACCAAACCUUUGACGGACAAAUGAAUUGCAUCGCUCCUAGAGAAACCUGCGCAACUGCCCUUAAUAACUAUGUGCCUGUACGAACGCAUCCCAGACAUGGGCAAAAACUUUUCCAGCGCUCUGUUUAAUUUUCUCCGCACCCUUUCCAAUGGUUUCAAAUAGCUUACUUUCCGACAGCAAUGCCUUGCUAUAAUUCUGACCAAAUAAAACGAACUUCUGAAAAAUUUUGUGCUACAAUAACCAGAUCCUUCUUAAUCUCUUGCAACAAAUUCACCAAUUUUGUAGCUCCAAUGUCGUUGAUACCUCCUUAAUUCACUACUAUUAAAUCUGUAUAGUGAAAAAUUGCUAAACAUUGUUGAACAAGAUUUCCAAUAACUGUGACCACCUAGCACCACAAGUGCCUUUCCAAAAUAUUUUCAACCUAAGUGCUCUUCAAACCCAGAUUCUCGCCACAUGUAACCACUUUGCACCACAGGUGCCUUUCCAAAAUAUUUUAACUGAAGUGCUCUUCAUACGCUCCUGUGCCCUCUUCAAGGCCCAAACUACAAACGAGUGACUAUUAACCCUGACAGACACACACUCUCAUAUACACUGACAAACAAUGACAUACACACACUCACUGAUUUGACACACUGAUAGCAUCAGACAUACACUUACUCGAAAACACACUCACUGACAGACGCACGCACUGACAGACGCACUCACUGACUGACAGACACACGCACUGAUUGAUCGACACAUACACACUGACUGACCGACACACACACAUUCACUGACAGACACACACACUCAUUCAAAUUCACUGACAGACACACACACUCACUCACAUUCACUGACACACACAUGUUUUUUGACGCCCCCUGGAAAUAGCCGCCCAAGGCAAAUGCCUUGUUGCCUCAAGGUACACAUACACCUGGGUUAAUUACUAAAUUAAAAUUGUCUGACUGUUUGAGAUUUCCCCUGUCACCCAGUUGCUGUGACAGACUGUGCUCAGAUAUCUCAGCAUGAAUCAUGAGGGCAACCCUUGUAUCUAGUAUUGACCACAAUAUGUACUGGGAUAUUUUGAUAAAACAAGAAUUUUGCCAUUGUAACCAGGGGAACUCAAACCCAGGGAUAAAAUAGGACAAUAAUAGGGAUACCCCAAAUUAGCAGUCCCUAACAUGGAGCCUAUGGCGGGCAAGGAAUAAAAAGAAUAGUAGUCAAUAAACAGGCCAAUGGCAGGAAACUGAGAAUAAACUAACAGAGAAGCCAAGGUCUAGUGCCAAAACAGCAGUAUUCAAGGAAGUAAAAUCGGGUCAAAGGGGAACCACAACAGGGUGCCAGGCUACAGAAGAGAGGUUUAUACACUGUUGGUUUGCAUCAUUCCUGUACACCCAAAAGGUCAGCAAAUAACAGGGCACAUGUGACACAGUAAUUUGGGUGCAUGAAUAAUGCAGCUGAUCUCUAUUAUAAAAGACUAAAUGAGCAUAGGGGCAUCUAAAAUGUCACCAGGACGCAUUGCUUGAGAGCCGCAGAGACAGGUCUAGCCUGCAGGUAUAAUCCCUCCUUGGAUAUGAGGUCACGUUUUUGCAAUCUCCUUUAAAGAAAAAUGUUAACAAUAAGAAAUAAAUGUGGUGGUGAGCCACAAAAUUAAAAAGGGGAAUUGAAGAUUAUCGCUAUGACAAAAAGCUAAACAAAAUUAAAUCUGUUUAUAUAAAAAGCUCUUCAGAGGGAACAUGAUGACAUCAUUUAAAGAGGCAUUUACUUUCUUUACUCAAACCUCCAAGCAGCAAAGAAAUGGUUAACAAAAUGAGUAAAAAAAACACCCAAUCACAAUACAAAUAUCAAUCACAAAUGGUCAAGAAGCUCCUCCCACUUCCCAGGUGAGUCUAUUCUAAUUACACAGCUAAUUUAGUUUAUUGAUUUUUGCUGUUCAUAUUAUAAAUUAUUCCUUUUAUGAUUAAAACUUUACAGGUUUGUUUAUCCCCUUUAUUAUUUUAUGUAUUUUUUUUUUUCCAUCAGUUCCCUAAUUCCAACCAUUAUGGCUUAAGGGAUUCCUUUUCUAGAUUACCAGAGAGAUCUUUCACUUUUACUCUCUCUGGACUGCAGUUUUCCCCUCUGCUUGUUUACUCCUUCCCACUGAUUUUACUGCACACAGUGGUGGGCUGCACCUAGUGCUUCAUGGCCCGCCCGCUUUGAUUUCACUUCACAAACGCCGUUUGUUUGCCGCCCUUUCCCUUCCUUUUUCUGAGGGGCUGACGGCCAUUUUCGAAACAAUGCUCCGUGUUUUCCUGCCUUUUUUCAGCUACACCUUAACGGUCAAACUGUGCAUUCCGGAUCUCCGUUCUACUUACCUUUAUUACCAUUGUCUCCUAGAGCCAAGGUAAGUUUUUUCUUCCUUUGUAUUUCGGAAAUCUUAUCUUUGGGUAGUAGUUCUACUAGAACCUAUACUCACUACUCUACUUUUUUCUUUACAGAUUACCUGGAUCUCCCUUAUACUCCCUCAGUUAAGUCACCAUCCCUAUUGAUUUUCUUGUAUAAUACCAAACUGCCCUAGUUAAUUAACCCCUUAAGGACGGCGGGCGUGCUAUGUCGUCCUUGGGGACCCGGCUCUAAACGCCGAUCGCGGUGUGGGGACUCACCUGGCAGCCCAGGGAGUCACUUCCGUCCACUCCAGCCCCCCUGGGACAUGUGAUCGCGAGGUCCUUGCGAGGACCUUGCGAUCACAUUGAUGGCAUAGCCGUCCAAGGCAGUGCCAGCAGGGGGAGUGCCUGGAAAAUGUAAUGAUAUAUAUAUAUAUAUAUAUAUAUAUAUAUAUAUAUAUAUAAAUAUCAAAGUACACGUAGAAUGAUAUUGAUUAAAUAUAUAUAUAAUUAUCAUUAUAUAUAUUUAUAUAUAAUAAAAUAAAUAUAUGUAAAUACAUAAAAAACUAAAAUUAAAAAAUAAUAAAAAAUAAAAAAGUAAAAUAUAUAUAUAUAUAUGUUUAAUUUCGUUCUAAUUGUAUUUAAAAAUUUAUAUAUAUUGAUAUCAAAAGACACGUAGAACGAAAUAAUAUAUAUAUCUAUAUACAUAAGAAUAUACGUAUAUAUCACUAUACUAUGUAUAUACCUAUACAUAAAUAAAAAAGAAAUUUAAAAUUAUAUAUAUAUAUAUAUACACACACGUAUAUAUUAUAAUUCUACGUAUAUAUUUAUGUAAUAAUUUUACAUAAUUAGGUCAUUUUAUUAAUUACAAUUUGCAUGAACUGCCUGACAACUGAGGCCGAAAGUCCAGGGAAUUUAAUUUGAUAGCACUAUAUUUAACCCUGAAACUUUCCAAGACACCAUAAAACCUUUACAUGGGGGGUACUGUUUUACUCGGAACACUUCGCUGAACACAAAUAUUAGUGUUUCAAAACUGUAAAAUGUAUUACAACGAUGAUCUCGUCAGUGAAAGUGAUUUUUUUUGCAUUUUUCACACACAAUUGUCACUUACAUUUACACACAGACAAUAUAAUUGUUGUGAUAGGUUUUAAUGUUUUGAAACACUAAUAUUUGUGUUCAGCAAAGUAUCCUGAGUAUAACAGUACCCCACAUGUACAGGUUUUAUGGUGUUUUCAAAAGUUACAGAGUCAAAUAUAAGGCUUGCAUUUCAUUUUUUUCACACUGAAAUUCGCCGGGUUGCCUUUGAGACCGUAUGGUAGCCCAGGAAUGAAAAUUACCCCCAUGAUGGCAUACCAUUUGCAAUAGUAGACAGCCCAAGGUAUUGCAAAUGUGGUAUGUCCAGUCUUUUUUAGUAGCCACUUAGUCACAAACACUGGCCGAAAUUGGUGUUCAAAUUAGUUUUUUUGCAUUUUUCACACACAAACAAAAAUUAACACUAACUUUGGCUAGUGUUUGUGACCAAGUGGCUACUAAAAAGGAGGGGGGAUCCUUUCUGCCUUCCCUGGUGGUCCUAGUGGUGAGAGUGAACUCUAGCCUGCGGGGCUAGAGUUCACUCUCACGAGAUCUGAGUGUUGCCGCGGUAACCGCGACAACGUUCAGAUCUCGCCAGAGGAAGCCGGCGGGGCUGUUGGCAAGAGCUCCCCGGGUCCUCUCCUGCCUCCCUCCCUACCUGUGGGUCGGUGGGGAGGGAGGCUGAGAGCAGAGCCGGCGCUCAGAUAGCGCCGGCUCUGCAUGAGCCGACAGGGGGGAUCCUGAGAUCUCCCCUGUCUCAAUACAUAGGUGUGCCGCGGGGAUUAGGGUGUGCCCAGGCCUCUGAUCCAUGCUGUGGGUGACCUCCACUAUAAUUUGUUUUUGCCUCUGAAGUGGGUGACCCACACUUGCCUCUAUUACAAUUUUUUACAUUAAACUCAAUGUUUUGUCUGUUUAUUUAAGUGCUAUUUACUGGGUGACCCCAAUUUUUACUGUACUAACUGGUAUAUGUUGUGGCUGACCCCACAUUAAGUUGUCUAAUAGUGGCUGACCCCACUUCAGAAUUUCUUAUACCUCUGGGUAAAUCCCAUGUAUUUUCAGUUUGGCUGAACCCCAAGUGAACCCUGAACUUCUUCCUGUAUGUAUAUAUAUAUAUAUAUAUAUAGUGUUCAAGUAGAGAUUGUAGCCAUAUUAGUCCAGUGAUGUAGAUGUAAAAAACAGAUACAAUUCUUAUUUUGUAAUACCUUUUUUAUUGGACUAAGAAUUUUUUAAUGACAAGCUUUCGGGAGAACCUCCCUUUCUCAAAAAAUGCUUCAGACUUGAGAAAGGGAGGUUCUCCCGAAAGCUUGUCAUUAAAAAAUUCUGUUAGUCCAAUAAAAAAGGCCCGACAGGAGAAUUCCAUCCCCUGGUCAUUCAGGAACAUCUACAGUUGGUGGCUUGGACUGUUUCAGGGGAUCUUGGUACAACUUUAUGCAAAACUGUCUUUGCUACUAUGUCUGUUCGCUUUUCCAUUUCCCGUAAAACUAAGACUCUUUCAUCCUCUGUUUUUUUAUCAGUAUUUUCCAGAUAGGUGUCAGGAUUACUGUAUGAUCCAGCAUGUAGAAUUGUGUAACACAGGUGACUGAUAGGUAACGUAUUACCGGGCCUUAGAAUGGCCGGGCUAACGUACCAAAGAGUCAUGAAUAGCCGAGGUCAGGGGACACAGAAAGGGACACAACGAUAAAGGAAAGCCAGAGAUCAGGGAUGCCAGAAAACAGGGAAGUCAAAAUCAAUGCCAAAGUCAAUAAACCAGAAUAACCAGAAUCAAUAACACGCUCUCGGACAACCACUAGGGAAACCACGACAGGGCAAUGAGUGUCAGGUAUAAUGAGGUUUAAAUAUCUGUUCAAAUCUUCUGAUUGGCCGAAAUUGGCCUUUGACCCCAAAAUGUGCGAGCGCACGUCCAUUAACAUGCUGCAAGUGUCAGUCAUGCAGACGCACGGCCGCUGAAAGACCGAAAUGUGAGGAAGAAUAUGUUACAAUAGGCCCUUUCUCUGUGUGGCUCGUUGCUUACAGCAAUAUAUUUCUCAUACUACCCCACUUCGUGCUCCUACGGGUCCCCUCUUAGUUUCAUAUGUUCGACCCCACAAGCCUGUGUCCUGCUCCACAAUUGCUCGUUGGAUCAAAUGGCUUCUCCACCUUGCUGGAAUCGACACUUCCUUUGGAGCACAUUCGGUUUAAGGUGCUGCUGCCUCCUCAGCCCUUUUAGCAGGAGGAUCUCUUUGUGACAUUUUAACCUCUGCCGACUGGUCUAGAGAAUCUACAUCCCGUACCUUUUAUUUUCACCCAUCUUCUCAUGUUUUUUUCCACUUAUUUCCAGGCGUUAAAAUAGCAAAUAUGAAGCUUCCUGUCUUGCCAUAAAAUAAGGGAUUAUUCUAGUGUUAAUGACCGAAUAAUCUAAAUUUUAUUAAAGACAGGAGGCAUAUAUUUUCCCACCACUUUCCCUCCCUUCUUUCCUAUACAGCUUAUCUUCAUAGCUCAAUCUCUGAUGGACUUUGAUUACCUUAUUUCAGUUUAUACUAGUAACCCUAAUUACUAAAUGUUAUCCAAUUAUACAUACUGACUCUCAAGGAUGUUUGACGGCAUAAUAACUUAUUUUAGUUGCAUUAUACUUGUUUGCAACGGUUAUUUUAUACCAUACUUUCACAAGUUUCUCUGUUGUUUUUUUUUUUUUUUAUCUAGUGUGAAACAUCGCUUACUACUUCUGGACAUCUUUGGAUUACCAAGCUACACCCCUGUUUGCAUGGUUGAGGACAUUGUUUUUCUCUGUUUACCUGAUUUACUUGUCAUUGCGUUUACAUGGUUGACUUCUACUGGUGUGGCUGCAUCAAGAAAGAGGAAGUGGGAGGAGCGUCUUGGCCCUUUGUGAUUGAUAUUUGUGUUGUGAUUGGUUGUUUUUUACUCAUUUUGUUAACCAUUUCUUUGCUGCUGGGAGGUUUGAGUAAAGAAAGUAAAGCAAAUAUUCACCUCUUGUCUUUAAUAAAAUGUAGAUUAUUCGGUCAUUAACACUAGAAUAAUCCCUAAUUAAAACUCACCGGCGCUGGCCCUGGCCAGGAAAAUUCAGCGACCCCAUGCAGAGCGUGGAGACGCUGAACGGCAGUGCUGCCUACUAUGCAGCUCUUCCCAGGGAGCACCACCAGUGGCCAUCUGAGGAGUGGCCACUUAGAGGUGUCCUUAGGGACAAUGUAAACACUGCCUUUUCUCUGAAUAAAAUGCCUGCAUAUAAUGAUUGUAUUCACCAGAACAACUAAAUUAAGCUGUAGUUGUUCUGGUGACUAUAGUGUCCCUUUAAAUUUGUAUCUAUUUUACAAAGCUUCCCCAUGGUUGUGAUUCUCCUAAUGUAUCUUUCAUGACAUGUUAUGCUGUAUAACAAUUUAUGGCUCAAUGCCCUAUGAAAGACUUUCACAAUGGGAGUCCUGCUGAAAUUGCAUUCAAUUACAAUUUAUAUUAUACAUGCAUCACUAUUUAGGUGUGAGUUGUGUGCUGUGCAAUGGUUUAGAGAGGACUUGAUUCAAGCAUGUUUUAAACCAUUAAUUCUCUAACAAUAAAAACUCCCCACAGAGGGUGAGAUUUAUCAAAGCAAACAAAAGGCCUCUCAACAUUUAGCAUUUAGCACCCAGAAUAGCACCUGUUUGUCUUUAAAAAAAAUCAUACCAAUCAGUCCCCCUGGUCUUUUCAACUGUUUUCUGGGUUAAAGGAACAUUGUCAGGAAUACAUUACGUUGUAGUGGUUCUGGUGACUAUAGUGCCCCUUUAAGCCUCUUUUCAGGGAACAUUAUAGAAUUGGGUUCACUAAAAUUCUCUGUUUGUUAUUAAAAUUCCAUACUUGCCUAUGCAAGAUUUGUCCUGAGCUUUCAAAACUGAUCCUAGACACAUGAGACUUUUCCACAGUGUGUAUUAACAUAUAAAUGAAUAUUGAUGUAAUUUUUUAAUCUGCACUAGUAUAAAAAUUAUCAGCAAAACAUUAAAGGAACACUCCAAGCACCAAAACCACUACAAAGCACUGUAAUAUUAUGUUAUCCGGGAGUGCUCAAGUGAUUCCCCAAUCUAAGUGAGCAAACCAUUUUAGAAUGUUUUGAUUUCUUACUUAGGGUCUGCCUGUAGAGAGAGGAAGCAUUCUGUCUAUGCAAAGCCGGGUGGUAUAGGGCUUAGAUUAUUGGCUCAGGGCAAUCAGCCUUAAGGCUCUCAACCAAUGAGUUAGCCCUGCAUUGCAGUCUGCAGAAAAACUAACAAAAGCUCCUAAACAGGCUCUUGUGGCCUUCUCUAGGCUGUAGUGGAGGCAGGGGCCGGCUCCUGGUUUGAUUAAGAAAUCAAACCGCUGUAGUGGAUAUGGUGUUUGGAAUGUUCCUUUAUUAUUAUUUACAUCUAAUCUUGAGUUAUAUAUACAAACAUGGUAUCAGAAGAAAGCUCUAUAUGUCACUUAGAGAACCAUAUACUGUAAUGAUAUAUGUAUUCUUAAUGAGAAUACAUGAAAUAAAAGUGGAAAUAAAUACACACAUAGCAAAAGUGUCAGAACCGCUUCAGGCACUGACAUACAGAAUCUCAGAAACACCUCAGCUACUAAGAAACUGAUAUUUACAUUUCACUAAUCAAAAUGCAUUAACAUAUAUACAGUGUUAUUUGCUAAAGUUAGGAUUCGCAAGUGAAUUAACAUUUUGUAGACUAAAAGAGACAAACUAAAAACAUAGCUGACUUGGAGACUUUUUCAAGUUCAGUUAUUUUGGCCUCACUUGAAAAUUCACUUAGGUUUCCUGAUAAUUCUCAUUUUAGCAAACAGCCCCUACAUUCAGUAAACUUUGAAAAGAAUCAAAUGAAAAAUCAUAUACCAAAAUCUAAUCCAUAUUAGCAGAGGCGUACCUAGGUUGCUUGGCACCUGGGGUGGAAAUGCAUUUUGGCUACCCCAUGACCCCAUUCAUACAUGUAUAUGUAUGUACAUAUUGAUAUGUAUUUACAUUCAUAUACACACAUAUCACAUAUACACAGACAUGUUAUAUGUAUAUCAACAGACAUACAUGUAUAUGUAUAUCAACAGACAUGUUGAUAUACAUAUACACAGACUCCUGCACAAACACAGACUUUAAUCACACACAUGCACAUACAUACAUUUGUUACCGGAGGAAUAACAGAAACAAACCGCAGAAGCCACACAUAGAGAUAUGGACACAAGUCUUCAGGAAGUAACAGGUCUUUUAUUUACACACCGAUCGGGUCUCACACUGAACUUGUGUUCAAAAGGUAUGAGCCCAGAGCAUAGUUUGCACAGGCUAUUUAUUAACAAUAACUCCUCCCAUUCAUAGCUCCACUCACACAUACCCUUAGACCAAUCGGUGAACAGGAUAUUCAGGAUCACCUAAUAUGGGCAGACCGUAUGACUCCUUUUAAGGACAAAGGAAUGUGACUACAGUUGAUGCACAUGCUCAGUACAUUGAUGACAGUAUCUUAGCUACAUGUAACUAACUAACAGAUACAAUAAACACCUGUACUUGUAUAUGCCACAUGGAGAUUUCAGGCCUACUAAAUUUUGAACCAUGUUGAAAUCCCAUCACACAUUCAUAUACACAUAAAAAUUCAUACACACACAGACUCACAUAGACUAAUGCAUAAUUCAUGCAUAGACUCACACAUUAAUGUACAGAAACACAGAUUUAUGUACACAGACAGAUUCAUACACACACAUUCAUAUACACACAUAGACACUUACAUUCAUUUACACACACAUAUUUUUUUUUUUUAUUACUUAUUCAUUUUAACACAGCCUCCCUUUUCUUACCUUAAAGGACCACUCUAGGCACAAAGACCACUUCAGCUUAAUGAAGUGGUCUGGGUGCCAGGUCCCUCUAAGGUUAACCCAUUUUUUUUAUAAACAUAGCAGUUUCAGAGAAACUGCUAUGUUUAUAAAUGGGUUAAUCCAGCCCUCAAAGCCUCUAGUGGCUGUCUCAUUGACAGCCGCUAGAGGCGCUUGCGUGCUUCUCACUGUGAAAAUCACAGUGAGAGCACGCAAGUGUCCAUAGGAAAGCAUUGCAAAUGCUUUCCUAUGCGACCUGCUGAAUGCGCGCGCAGCUCUUGCCGCGCGUGUGCAUUCAGCCAAAUGGGAGGAACGGAGGAGGAGAGCUUCCCGCCCAGCGCUGGAAAAAGGUAAGAUUUAACCCCUUUCCCCUUUCCAGAGCUGGGCGGGAGGGGGUCCCUGAGGGUGGGGGCACCCUCAGGGCACUAUAGUGCCAGGAAAACGAGUAUGUUUUCCUGGCACUAUAGUGGUCCUUUAAUAGGGACUCCGUAAGCACCCAGACUACUUAAUCUCAAUGAAGUGGUCUGAGUGCCAUGCCCCUCAAGUUUUAUCUGCAGGAAAGGCAAUGUUUACAUUGCAGGGUUUAAAUGCCUCCAGUAGCUGUCACUCUGACAUCCACGUGUCAUAAUUCUAACAAAAUAGCCAAGUGUGUUUUGCCGUGCAUGUGCCCUAGCUUCCCAGUACUUUCUUAUGAGCAAGCAUUGGAUUGGCUGAGAUUGUCGGAGACUGGCACCGAGGUCAGAAAGAUAAGUAAAAUUCACCUUUUAUUCCCUGAUAUGGAAGACAACAUUAAUACAGGUAACUAGAAACUACAGUAUUAGGAAUUAGCACAUUUUUCAAGAUCAGCUAUUUGGUCCUGCAUUAUUUAAUUUUGGAAUGCCAUUCACUACAAUUCUAAGUCUAGUGAGUAUUCAUAUUUUGUUACUCAGUUUUGUUUGCUAUAAAUGGUAAAUUUUUCACUUUCCCUGCAGACUAUUUUUUUUUAACAGUUUUACGUGUCUAUUUUUGUUCUUUUUUUGGGCUAUUGUGACUCAGAGUAUAAAAUUUGCCCAAUUCACUACAAGAUUACGCAAACAUUGCUAUUUACUAAAGUGAGAAUUGUGAGGAAUUAAAAGUGAAUAUCAAAUUUAUGGCCCAUGUAGAAAAAAAAGUGGAAAAAGUCUCCAGGCCGGGUGUACUUGCAGUUUCGCUACUUUGGCUUUCAGUUUAAAAUUCACUUCAAAUUCCCAGCAAUUCUUACCUCAGUUAAUAAACAUGAAAUGAAAAAACAAAUUCUAGAUGUAUUCCAUGACUUCCUUUACUACAACAAUGGUGUAUCAUAUCUUUUUUUUUGCUAGCUAAUCAAAGCUGAAGUUAUUUUUAUUUGGUUAUUUAAUUAUUUAACUCUAGUUUCAAGAUAAUAUUAACAGAAAAAAAAACCCUAACAUUAGUAUUGCAGAAAAUGGGGCUGCAGUGAACGGAUAAAGGGAAUUUAAGCUUUUAGGGAAACUAAUAGGAGCCAUUUUUUUCAAUCCCCAGCUGCUCUGUUUGUUACUAGUUCCUCACUAUCCCCAGUUUAGUGAAAGACAGGAAGUUGCUGCACAGACUGGCCGCAUCCAAUCACAUACUGGCAACCGAGAAGAAGGCGGUGCUGAACUUGAUUGACAGCGAUUUUAGCCAAUGGCAGCGCAGGGAGUAAGCCAGGCGCUCAGUAUGAGGAAGUGACCAGCACUUUGUAUAUGUCUCCUGUUUGUGUAUAGUCCAGCUGGUUACCUGGCUCACAGUCUGCUACAGGACAUCCAUCCCCAGGUAAGUCCGGUCCCAUUAUCCCCCACUGGGGCAUGGUGUGAUUACAGUGCAGUGGGCCAGGGCUUGGGCUGCACUCUGGGACUACCCCACUCUUGCUGGGACUUGCUCAGCCCCUAUGAUCUUACUGGGUCACACUGUAUUUACCUAUCAGCCAGCUCGUCCAUCUGGCUGCCUGAGCAUGAUAGGGAAUGGAGUCCAUAACAGUGACUGGCCUGCAGGAGAGCCCUCGCUAGUAGACAGGAUGUCUGCUCAGUUUCACUUACUGUUUGUGCUUGGCACGAUUAGUUUCUAUUUCUCCUAGUGACGGUGACAGCUUUGCUGGGUGUGAUUGUCCUGCUCAUGGACUUAUUGUUGAGUUUUGGUUAUCUCUUCUUAUUAACCCCUUAAGGACCAAACUUCUGGAAUAAAAGGGAAUCAUGACCUGUCACACAUCAUGUGUCCUUAAGGGGUUAAAGUUACAUUCACAGGCCUUGGUGACUCCCCAAAGUGUGUGGUUUUUUUUUUUUGGUUUUUUUUAAAAUUUAUUUAUUUUUAUUUUUAUAUAUAUAUAUAUAUAUCUAUAUCUCAUUUUUUAUCAUAACCUGAGAAAUGGGGAAAACACAGGGUUUAGUACUAUUUCACAUUCUUCUCAGACUUGAACCAAUACCCUUAUUCGUAUGGGUGCAGGGGAUCUCUCCUCCCUCACACAAAACUAUAUGAUGUAACUAUUAGGAUCAUGUUUUCCUGUUUAGGAAGAAUUAAAAUAAAUAACUUUUUUUUUAUUUUUUUAAAUGUAUGCAUGUUUGUUUUCUCCUUAAGUGGGGCUGGGAUUAUUAUGACAUGCCCUUCUAUAUUCUUGGAGAAUAGCUGGUUUGACAAUAUCCCAAUGUUUCUAGAUAGAAAAGGUUUUUGUUACACUUGUCAGUGUGUUUGCCAGUCAUCGUUGGUUUUAGAUCAUGCAUAAGAGGAAAGUGUAAUACUCUGGCUAGAAACAUUUGUAAAGAGCAGUACAACCAGUUUAUUUUUUAUUUUUUUUCCCAGAAGACCUCAGUGGUGCAAAUACUUUAUUCUCUACUUAUUUUCUUAUAUGCAACUCAUUGAUCGCUUUGGUUCAUUAGCAUAAUAUUCUUUUAAACAGCCUAAAGGAUUUAUUGAUAUCAUAAAGCAAGUAGUGAUAGGGAAUGUGUGGUGUCUUGGGGUUUUUUUUUUGCUCAUUUGAUACAAUCUGGUAUUUAUGCAUUAGUUAAGGUUAAAGCUGGCAUCUUAAAUUAUCACACUUAUUCACUAAAGUGAGAAUUUAAAGGGAAUUACAAAAUGUAAGACCAAAGGAGCUGAACUGCAAGUAUGGCUAACUUAGCAAAUCUGUCUACUUUUAUCUUAAAUUUGAAAUUCACUUUGAAUUUUCACUUUAGUGUUUUUUAAUUUGUUUUUUAAAGGUUUAGAACCUCUUAGAAUAUUUAACCUUCUUUUGAGAAAGUUAUAUUCCAAGCAAUAUCAAAUGUUUGGUACUCCGAAUGUAAACUUUUCAAAUGGCCCACUCUUAGUUUAUUCCACUGUCUAUGUUUAAUGUAUGGGAGUUCUAAUUGUAAAGCUCCCUUUUUGUAAUGUUUGUAAACCAUUAGUGUACCAGUACAAACUUGCAAGCUGCUGUAAAAUUAAACCGUUUAAUUAUUAUGCCAAUAUUCACCCUUUGGCAGGGACAGCCAACACCUUAACAGGUUGUAUUCAUUUUGGUAUUACUCAACUGAUAGUUUUAGGGUGAUUCGCUUAACUGAGAAUAUUUGGAGAUCUGCAAAUUUUACAAACGGAAUCUUUAACAAAAUUCUAAAAACUUGGACUUCGAGUAGACGGAAUUCUGCAACUCUGCUGUUUUUUUCCAAUUUAGAUAUUUUUGCCUAGAAUUUGUUUUAUUUUUCAGUGUCUGCCUUACUGAAUUUGCUUGCCAGGAAACUGUAUGGAACUCAUCAAAAAAUUUAAAAAUGUAGACCAAAAUAGGCAAAAAAUUAUAAAUUAAAUUUCAACUUUUAUUUUAGUCUAAAUGUGAAUUCCCUUUUGUUAAUUCUUCAAUAUUUUUGUCUUACUGAUUACCAGUGAUAGGGAAACACAAAUUUCUAGGACAGAAUAUCUGUGCAAGAAAUAAAUAAAAUUGCUGUUCCUUUUUAGGUUUAUUGUAAUUUACAAUUUAGUGACUAACCUUCUUUGUGAAGCUAUACAUUCCUUGAUAAUCAGGCGCAUACUAGCUGAGCACUUUGAGAGCUGUCAGUCCACAAAAGUUGCAAUUCUGCAGGGGUGUUAUAAACUGUUUCAUGUUUAUUCAUGCAAGCCAGAGGAAAAUCCUACAGUUUAUUAAACAGCAAGCAAAAACCAAUCCAUGUUUGCACGCAUGCAAUAAUUUUGCCUGAUUAUAUAAUCUUGUCAAAGUUUUUAGUGUUUAUUGCUUUAGGUCCAAUCAUGUUGAAACUUGCUGAAUAUGAUUAAACCGUUCUCAAGACGAAGCCAUGCAUUAGAAAAGGACUCUUUGUAGAUCAGGAUUGUUUGUCAAAAAAUUGGACAGACUGUACAGGAGUUUUUUUUGGUUAAUAAAUAACAAUUCAUGAUUCAUUAAUAGGUCACAAAGGUUAACUACAUUUUCUGCCUUUUUUGCCUUGAUUUGAUCUAUUUUCCAUCACGUUUGAUCUUACACUUACUGCAAAGUAUUCGCUGUUUCUGCAAGUGAUGUGACCUGGUCACUUACAUGUUCUUCUCUCUCAACUAAGCUUUUAUAAAGAACUGUAGUUCAAUGAAUGGUGAGCUUUCUGUUGUAGAAAGUUAAAGGACCACGGCCAUAGUAGAGUCUUCUCCUCCCUCUUCAAAGAACACCAUUAUCACCCAGACCACUUUUAUCUAAAUAAAGCUGUUCUAGUGCAGUGGUCCUGUCCUAACCCUGCAAAGUGCCAUGCUGCAGUUAUUAAAAAUAAUAAAAACAAAAACAAAACCUUCAGUGUUUUAUUGUGCAUGUUUACAUAGACUUCUAGUGGCUGUCAAUAUGUCUUGUGACGCAGGAUCACCCAUAGAAAAGCAUUGAUUCACUACAGCAAAGUGUAUAAAAACAUUUGAUGUUUUGGAUCUGCGGUAAAAAGAAACAAACAAUAUGUUUUGUUCUGGUGGUAUACUUGCCUUAAAUUUGAAAUUCACUUUGAAUUCCAUACAAUUCUCACUUGAGCAUAUAACCAUAUUUGAUACAUUUAUUCUGUAGAUUUAAAGGAAUGCACCAUAACCACUGUAGUGGUUAUGGUGCCAGGAGUGCCCGGUCUUCUACCCGCCCAUUUAAGUAAUCAAACCGUGUUAGAAUGUUUAGACUUCUUAGUGUGGUUUUGAGUGUCACUCCUCUCUGUUUGCGGUAAGACUAGCAGUGCAGGUCUUAGCUCAUUGGUUGAGAGCAAUCAGCUGAUGCUGUCAGCCAGUAAGCUAGAACUGCAUUGAAGUGCUUAUCUCAGGUAGCUAACAGAAGUAGUGACGGGUAUCUAAUGGAUGUAGCGCAGAUAAGAAGUUGACUCUGGCGUGUCCAAUUUAAAGGAAUGCUCCAAACACCUAAAGCACUUCUAAAUAUAUAGAGGUAUAGUGUGCAAAAGCGCUUAAAAUGACAAAACAAAAUAGCAGCUCUACACACUCGUGUGGGGUUAACCUUACUCCCCUCACCAAUACAAUAAAUAAGUGAAAAAACACAAUAGUUGUGGAGCACUAAAGCAGGAUUAUCUGACCCUGUUUUUAGAGCUCCACUACUAUUGUGUUUUUCAGGUGUGUAUAUUUACACCUAAAGCACUUUAUCUUACAUGCUGGCUUUUUUUUUUUCUUCAUAAUUUUUUUUUAAUAUUUUUAUUUUACAUAAAGUGUAGAGUUAAAUAUAACUUGAAAUUGGCACAUUUUUAUAAAUGUAACCCUGUUAUCACGACCCUUGUUGUCAGACAACCAACCCUGUUACUUUGUUACUUUCUGGUUUGAUUAGCUCAGUGUAGAUAAACUCAUAAGUCAGCAAUUGCCCGGCGCACCUGCCUUGCAGAGACUUCUCAUUGAGCUGCAUUGGGAAGUCUGUGAUUGGACAGUCACAGAAAGUCUGGGUAGUGUUAGAGGAGGGCUUGCAAAGGCUGCAGACUAGAGAUCUGAAAGAUUAGCAAGUUGUUCUUAGAUAUACCCCGUGAAAUGUCCCCUUAAAGGACCACUCUAGGCACCCAGACCACUUCAGCUUAAUGAAGUGGUCUGGGUGCCAGGUCCUUCUAGGGUUAACCCAUUUUUUCAUAAACAUAGCAGUUUCAGAGAAACUGCUAUGUUUAUGAAUGGGUUAAGCCUUCCCCUAUUUCCUCUAGCAGCUGUCUCAUUGACAGCCACUAGAGGCGCUUGCGUGCUUCUCACUGUGAUUUUCACAGUGAGAGCACGCCAGCGUCCAUAGGAAAGCAUUAUGAAUGCUUUCCUAUGUGACUGGCUGAAUGCGCGCGCAGCUCUUGCCGCGUGUGCGCAUUCAGCCGACGGGGCGGAUCAGAGGAGGUGAGAAGGCAGAGAGCUCUCCGCCCAGCACUGGAAAAAGGUCUUGGCACUCCUUGGUAAAUAUUCAAACUGUUUUAGAACAGGCAGUCUGUAGUGUUUAUGGUAAUGGAAAUGUUCAUUUUUAAGGGUUGUAACAGGGUGAAUGCACCAUUAAAUUGUGAUUUUUUUUUUUUUUUUUUUUUUACCUGACAUUGCUUACAAGUAAUACGCUUGUGAAAGGAACACUACAGUAUCAGGAAUACAAUGUAUUCCUCAUUCCAUAAUGACUUUAGCAGGUCUCUGGGACUUACCUUUACUUUAUCACCACGCUCCUCUCUAUGUACCUCUGUCUCCUUGGCUGAGAUCUCCGCCAAUCUAAUAUUUUCCCAAAUGGAAGCAUUGUGAGGCAAUUGAGCAUGCACCACACAAUUAAAUGUUUCUCUAUGAGCAGAAUUUUAUUGAGAACAGAGUUUGACUUGGUCUGGAAGACAGCCACUAGAGGUGUUAACCCUGCAGUGAAAACACUGAAGUUUCUAUAAAAAUGCAGUGUUUUGCAUGAUUAAAACUAAUAGGGCCUCUUUACUGAGAUCAGGGAUGCCAUCAGGGGGUGACAACCAUAACGGUUGUUAGGGGCCCUGGCCCCUUUAAAAAAAAAAAAAAAAAAAGCAAGUGCUGCUGGGAGUAAGCUCACUCCGCGCGGGAGGAGCGCGCGCGUGCCAGUGAAGAGGGAGCCGCGCCGACUCCCAUCAUCCCCAGCCACCCUCCUGCAAAGAAAAGGUAAGAGACAGGAGGGUGGCUGGAAAAUGAGCUCUCUGUGUGUGUGUGUGUGUGUGUGUCUGUAUGCAUGUCUGUAUGUAUGUGUAUGCAGGGCCGCCACCAGAAAUUUUGGGGCCCCUAACUCAGCUCAGGGUCUUGGCUCCCUGGGGCCUGCCUCCAAAUACCACCCACAGGAAUACAGACACAGACACAAACACACACACAUUGAUACAAAAGGACACAGAUACAUACUAACAGACACACAUACUGAGACAUACACACAGGCAUACAUAGUGACAGACCGACACAUACUAACAUACAUACAGGCACACAUGCAUGAGGACAUACAUUCAUUCAAACAUACAGACACUGACAUCCAUACAGACAUACAUACACACAGACAUACGUUCAUAAUGAUAUGCAGACAUAUAUAUGUAUAUAAUGACCUACAGACAUACAUGCAUACAGUCAGACAGACCUACAUAGAUGCAGAGACAGGCAGGCAUACAGUCAGACAUACAUAGACAGUCACACACACAGCUCAUUUUCCAGUCACCCUUCUGUCUCUUACCUUUUCUUUGCAGGAGGGUGGCUGGGGAUGAUGGGAGUCGGCGCGGCUCCCUCUUCACUGGCGCUCGCGCGCUCCCGCGUGGAGUUAGCUGGGAGGAAGUGACCUUUUUAUAAAGGGGCCCGGUCGCGUCAUACCAUGGCCACAGCGCUGACUGGGCCCCUGAAGAUAUAGGGCCCAUCGGGUGGCCCUAAGUGUGUGGUUGUCACCACCUGAUGGUGGCCAUGUAUGUAUGUCUGUAUGUCAUUAUAUAUGUAUGUCUGCAUAUCAUUAUGAAUGUAUAUCUGUAUGCCAUUAUGAAUGUAUGUGUGUAUAGAUGUCAGUAUGUAUGUUAGUAUGUGUCUGUCUGUCACUAUGUAUGCCUGUGUGUAUGUCUCGGUAUGUGUGUCAGUAUCUGUGUCUGUUAGUAUAUAUCUGUGUCCUUUUGUACCUGUGUGUGUGUGUGUGUGUGUGUGUGUGUGUAUUCCUGUUGGCGGUAUUUGGAGGCGGGGCCCAGACCCUGAGCUGAGUUAGGGGCACCAAAAUUUCUGGUGGCGGCCCUGACUGAGAUGAUGCGGUUUGAGUGCCUUUAGUGUCGUUUAAGCUACGAGUGUGCAUAUUUGUCUAGUAAAACUUGAAGUCAGUGUGACAUUAUAAUAAGAUAUAAAGUAAAAAGGAAAAAAAAAAUGAUUGUACUUUGGAAACUGUUCUCUCAAUGUAGUGUUCCUUGGCCAAAAAACGGUUAGGAACCACUCUUGAAGAUUGCAUGUUCAUUUUAUUUUGAGGUUUCGUUUCUUGUUUGUUUGACUGUUGCUCUCAUUCAUCACUUCUUUUAUGUACGAUACACCUAUUUGGCUGUAAAAGCUUCAGUGAUUAGUUAUUCUGCUUGUAUAUGUCAUCAUGGGUGUGAACUUUACCUAGGUAUUUUUAUUCUCAUGCAAUGCAAGACAAGACUGACCAGUACUUCUUUGUUUCCAAUCUCGUAUGUAUUUCAUUAGAAAAUCUGCACUAAAAUGUACCUCUCGUUUCUUAGAUUGAAAAUGAUUGUCGUAGAUUGACAUGUGUAAGAGUAUGUGUCACGUGUGUGUGUGUGUGUGUGUGUGUGUGUGUGUGUGUGUGUGUAAAACUGCAAGUGUAUUACUUCGGUUGAUGCAAACGUAACAUACUUAAAGGUCUAUUUAAACCCUAACUCCUCUAUGAAAUGUGUUAAUUGGGCAAUAACUUAAGGUAAGUUAUCAUUUUGGGAUUUAUUCUUUAACUAUUGACUCGAGUAGUGAAUUGAAAAUUGAAUUGCAACUAAUAAUAAUAAUAAUAAUAAUAAAUUAUAAAAAAAAGAAUAAUUUGAAACAUUCUUCAAUUCUCAAGUCGGUUUAGCGAACAACACCCUGAAUAAACGAUUUAAUUGCAAAAAGUGUUUUUUAUUACAGUUGGCUAUUUUGGUUCAAUGUAUGCAUUUCUCUUGUCAGUCCGUCAAUGCCCAAUUAAGUAAAAUGUGUAGGUGUUUUUAAAUCUCUUUAACAACAGCAAUGCUGAUAAGAUAGUCACAGCAAUUUCUACUUAAAACAAGUUUCUCUUUGAGUAUUGCAAUGUUGGCAAGAAUGAUCUAAUCUGUAUGUGUAUUUACUUUCAAUUCUAUACUGGUUUUAAUAAUUGACAAGUUGUAGCUAUUUCUAAAACUGUUAAAUGUUGUUCCUGUGCAGAAAAAAAACAAAACAGCAAGUGAAACUAACUUUGUUCUUUGUUUUAGUGAUGAACAUGGCGUCAGCAUCUGAGCAGGAAACCAGAUUGUGUUGGAAUUGGUAAGUAAACCCUUUCUCUGAUUUGUCUACAGUAGCAUUGUGAAUUAAACUUGUAGCAUUGCUUUGUGGUGAUUGCUGUUGCAUUUGUUAUAUAGUUACAUUUGGUCUGGUAGACAGCCACUAGAGGUGAAGGAAACCCUCCAAGGUAAUUAUUAAAAUCUGCAGUUAUUACCUUUGCAGGGUUAAGGGACCUGGGACACUCCAUCCAGACCACUUCAAUGAUCUGGGUGCCUAUAAGGUCCCUUUAAAUCUCCUCUGUAAAUUUUAAUAAUUAUCAUUACAGUCAGUUGUUUAAUGAGGCUUUUUCUAGCUCUCUCAGCUUUACAUACAUACACUUUAUAAUUUUUCAUUACAGGUGAUACCUGAAAAAUUAGAAUAUCAUGCAAAAGUAAAUUUUUUUUUUUUUUUUCAGUAAUACAACGUAAAAGGGGAAACUAAUAUAUUAGACGCAUUACAUGCAAAGCAAGAUAGUUCAAGCCAGGAUUUGCCAUAAGUGCAAUAAUUAUGGCUUACAGCUCAUGAAAACCCCAAAUCCUCAGUAAAUUAGAAUGUUACAUGCUAUCAAUAAAACAAUGAGUGUACAUAGAACAGUAUCGCACCUCUGAAAAGUAUAAGCAUGCAUAUGGACUCAGUACUUGGUUUGGGCCCCUUUUGCAGCAAUUACAGCCUCAGUGUGGCGUGGCAUGGAAGCUAUCAGCCUGUGGCACUGCUGAGGUGUUAUGGAAGACCAGGUUGCUUCAAUAGCGGCCUUCAGCUCGUCUGCAUUGUUCGGUCUCAUGUCUCAUCUUUCUCUUGGCAAUGCCCCAUAGAUUCUCUAUGGGGUUAAGGUCAGUUGAGUUUGCUGGCCAAUCAAGCACCAUAAUCCCACGGUAAUUGAACGAGGCUUUGGUGCUUUUGGCAGGUGCCAAGUCCUGCUGGAAAAUGAAGUCAGAAUCCCCAUAAAGCUAGUCAGCGGAAGGAAGCAUGAAGUGCUCCAAAAUAUCCUGGUAGGCGGCUGCGUUGACCCUGGACUUAAUGAAGCACAGUGCACCAACACCAGGAGAUGACAUGGCUCCCCAAAUCAACACAGACUGUGGAAGCUUCACACUGGACUUGAAGCAUCUUGCAGUGUGUGCCUCUCCAUUCUUCCUCCAGACUCUGGGUUUCCAAAUGAGGUGCAAAAGUUGCUCUCAUCAGAAAAUAGGACUUUGGACCACGGAGCAAUAGACCAGGUCUGUUUUUCUUUAGCUUCUGACAUUGUUUGUUGUUCAGGAGCGGCUUGACAAGAGGAAUACGACAUCUGAAGCCCAUGUCCAGGAUCCGUCUGUGUGUGGUGGCUCUUGAUACACUGACUCCAGCCUCAGUCCACUCCUUGUGAAAGUCCCCAACACUUUUGAAUGGCCUUUUCCUGACAAUCCUCUCUAGGCUGUGGUCAUCUCUGCUGCUUGUGCACCUUUUUCUUCUACACAACUUUCUAUUAAUGUACUUUGAUACAGCACUUUGGGAACAUCCAACUUCCUUUGCAAUUACCUUUUUGAGGCUCUCCCUCCUUAUGGAGGGUGUCAAUGAUGGUUUUCUGUACAACUGUCAGGUCAGCAGUCUUCCCCAUGAUUGAUUCCUACUGAACCAGACUGAGAGACCAUUUAAAGGCUCAGGAACCCUUUGCAGGUGUUAUGGCUUACUUAGCUGAUUAGAGUGGGACACUGAACCUAGAAUAUUGCACCUUUUCACAAUAUUCUAAUUUAAUGAGAUUGUGGAUUUGGGGUUUUCAUGAGCUGUAAGCCAUAAUCAUCGCACUUACGACAAAUCACGGCUUGAACUAUCUUGCUUUGCAUGUAAUGCGUCUCUCAUAUAUUUUCCUCUCUCAUGUUGCAUUAAUGAAAUAAAUGAACUUUUGCACGAUAUUCAAAUUUUUCGAGUAUUACCUGUAUAUUUGCAUGAUGUUGCUCAUUAAUAAGCAGUAAAACGAACUUCUGGUUUCGAUGAAAUUUUAUGUGGUUUUGAUAUGUUACUGCAUACAGUGGUGUAUCCUGGUUUUGUGCUGCCCUAGGCCCCGCCUUCUAAAAAACACACUCACACUCUCUCUCGCUAACAAACACUCACAUUAACAAAAAAAAAAAAAAAUUAACCACAGCCUCCUUACCUUUGGGAAUGCUGGGGAGGGGGGGUUUCUCUUUCUCCCUGGGGUCCAGUGGAUGCGGGGCGGGCGGCGCUGGCGAGGGAGCACUUUCCUCUGAGCUGUCUGCUCAGCUCCCUUGCGCGCCGCAGAGUGAGGCUGGGAGCCGGAAUAUGAUGACUAACAAGGCAUUUGCCAUGGGCAUUUGGGGCGGCUUUUUUUGCCACCCCCUGGAAAAUGCUGCCCAAGGCAAAUGCCUUGUUUGCCUCGCGGCUAAAACGUCCCUGACUGCAGAUUGGUGUGUGACCUGAUUGAAUUUUAUUCAUAUUUACUUAAAACAUGAUGGUGCUAUUGGAUUGCUUGUCAAUAACUAUUUCAUGUCCUCCAUUAUAUACUCUAGUUAUAUUGCUGAUGCAUAUGAUUUUAAAGGAACACUAUAGGCUCAGGAACACAAACAUGUAUUCCUGACCCUAUAGUGCAAAACCCACCAUUAAGGUGGCUUGCCCCCUAUAAAAGCAUGAAAAACUCUCCUUAUUUCAAGCGCCGUGCGGGUCUGCCGGCACUGGCCCCACCCCCUUGAUGACAUAAUCAGAAUUGCCGAUUUUUAGCCAAUCCAAUACUUUCCCAUUGGGUAAGCAUUGGAUUGGCUAAAAUGGGCAAGGUGGUGGGACCAAACACCAUUUUGGCCAAUCAGCAACUUCUCAUUGAAUCAAUGCAUCUCUGAGGAAAAUUCAGCAUCCCCAUGCAUGGAGACGCUGAAUGGCAGGGCUGCCUACUAUGCAGCACUGAUUCAGGAAGCACCUCCAGUGGCCACUUGGAGGUGUCCCUAGAUGCAAUGUGAACACUGCAUUUUUUUCUGAAAAGGCAGUGUUUGCAUGAAAAUGCCUGCAUGCAAUGAUUAUACUCACCAGAACAACUACAUUAAGCUGUAGUUGUUCUGGUGACUAUAGUGUCCCUUUAAUUCUUUUUGUUAUUCUUCGGGUCAUACUGUUAGACAUAUGAAUGACUGACUGACUAAUUUUGCAACGUCUCUAAAUUUGUGUAUAUACAAUUUUUAUUUUUUUUAUUUUUAGUAUGUUUUUCAUAUGGUUUGUUUACCUCCUAACCCCAACUGGACAGGUGCUAGGGGUGGGACUUUAACCUCUUAAGAAAUUGUUUAGCGGGAUAGAGUAUAUACAAAUGAUUAUGUGCACUUGACCGCACAAACCCUGGGGUCUCUUCUGGGGGUCUCUUCUGAUUCCUUGACCCCCCCCUCUACAACUUGUUUUAAAUUUAAUAAAGAGAUUUAAAAAUUUUAUACCUGAGACUGCAGUGCGUUUUAUUGAGACUGUUUAUUCAUGGUUUACGUUCUAGCACAGUCCAAGUCCGGUUUUUAGCUUCUUUAAUUUUCUGGUGUCCACAGAUGCUGCAUUCUUUGAAACUGCAUCACGUGUAUAUGUGCACCCAGCAGAGGAUGCCAAGGUUAAGCUGUUGCUAUGUUGGACCAGUUUUUAUUGGAUAUUGAACUUUAAUAGGGAAUAUUGUUUUGUUUGAAACAGAUCUUUAUUAAUAUAGCGUGUAUAUAGAAAACGUUUUCCUACGCAUUAAAUAUGAGAUCGUGAGGAUCUAAUAACAAUAUGCAUAUAAAACAUAAAAGCCUAUAAACUUGGAGCCUUAUUCAGGAAAGCUAUAUCUGAUAUGGUCUGUUAUCUGAGGGCCUUGGCGCAAAUAGGUCAUGAUGUUAAUUUGGGAGGCACCCAUUCAUCCACAUUUCCACCCAUGGGUCGACCCAGGUUGUCCAGGUCCAAGAGGUGCCCUCCUCCUGGGAGAAGGAAUUGAGUCAGGGGCGGGGAGAGUGUCGAGAAGAAGUCUAUGAAAGAGGGAGGAGGGAUAAGGAAGGGAGCGAGUGUGAGAGAGUAAGAAUAGAAGAAGAAAGGAGGGAGGGGAAUAUUUAGGUUUUUGUUUACUUAUAUGGAGCUAUGUUUCCUCUCCCCAUACCAAUUCAAACUAAGGAUUGGGGUGGGGCAGUGAUUGGCGGAGUACACUUGACUGACACCUCAACCUAUCACUGACUGGUAUAAUGUGAAGUGGAGUAAAGCACUUCCUCUACCAACUUGUCAUUGAGGACCGGGUUUCAUGAUGUCAAAUGGUGAAUAAACCUGAUGGCUAACCACUGCCAUCUAAGCAUACUUCGCAUCAUUGGACUCAUGGUUUAACACUGAUCAGGGAUGGCUAGAAAGAAAUCUGAAUGAAGGAUGUAUAUUUCAAAAUAUAUCCCAAGCUAACGAUAAUGUUCAGGACAGCAAUGUGUCUAACUGAGCGGCAAUAACGGCUAUUCAAAUCAUCUAAAUCACUCUGUAGAGUAUUUUGCCAUGGUUCACCUGAUUCCAUUUUAAACUCUUCCAACAGGAAAUGUAUGAAAUUUAUUGAAAUCUUGCAUCACUCACAGCAUGCUCCUUUAAAUGAAUACAGGGGGAAAAACAGCAUUUCAAUAGUAGCAUAAUAGCAUUUUAAUUGAAUAUAGAAAGUUAAGUAUGUAGACUAUGGGAAGUUAUUGAAAACAAGAAGCCGAAUGUGUCUUCUGGAUAAUGUUGAGAUACCAUAAAAGACAACCAUUCAUACAAGACCACAAGGUGACAAAGAUAUAGAAUUGAUUGCGGCACUCCAUGGUUGCAGACAUAUUUUGGUGUAAUGAGAAUUCACUUUAGUCUAUGUCCGCUCUUACACUUGUACAACAAUCUUAUUUAUAAUGUAGAGCAAUAAACAUUGGCUGGGUUGUUUACUAUUGUGAGAAUUCAAAGUGAAUUUCACAUUGAAGGCCAAAAUAGCUUAAAGGAACACUAUAGUCACCUAAAUUACUUUAGCUAAAUAAAGCAGUUUUAGUGUAUAGGUCAUUCCCCUGCAAAUUCACUGCCAUUUAGGAGUUAAAUCACUUUGUUUCUGUUUAUGCAGCCUUAGCCACACCUCUCCUGGCUAUGAUUGACAGAGCCUGCAUGAAAUAAAAAACUGGUUUCACUUUCAAACAGAUGUAAUUUACCUUAAAUAAUUGUAUCUCAAUCUCUAAAUUGAACUUUAAUCACAUACAGGAAGCUCUUGCAGGGUCUAGCAAGCUAUUAACAUAGCAGGGGAUAAGAAAAUCUUAAAGGACCACUAUAGGCACCCAGACCACUUCAGCUUAAUGAAGUGGUCUGGGUGCCAGGUCCAGCUAGGGUUAACCCUUUUUUCUAUAAACAUAGCAGUUUCAGAGAAACUAUGUUUAUAAAUGGGUUAAUCCAGCCUCUAGUGGCUGUCUCUUGACAGCCGCUAGAGGCGCUUGCGUGCUUUUCACUGUGAAAAUAAGUGAGAAGACGCGAGCGUCCAUAGGAAAGCAUUUACAAUGCUUUCCUAUGAGACUGGCUGAAUGCGUGUGCGGCUCUUGCCGCGCAUGCGCAUUUAGCCGGCGAGGAGGAGAGCUCCCCGCUCGGCGCUGGAGAAAGAGGUAAGUUAUCCCCUUCCUCCCCCCAGAGCCUGGCGGGAGGGGGAGCCUGAGGGUGGGGGCACCCUCAGGGCACUAUAGUGCCAGGAAAACAAGUGUUCACCCAGAACAAGUGUUUUCCUGGCACUAUAGUGGGCCUUUAAACAGAACUUGCAUUAGAGAGAGCCUAAAUAGGGCUCUUUUUUUUAUUUUAUUUUUUAUUUUUUUACAGGAAGUGUUUAUGGAAGGCUGUGCAAGUCACAUGCAGGGAGGUGUGACUAGGGUUCAUAAACAAAGGGAUUUAACUCCUAAAUGGCAGAGGAUUGAACAGUGAGGCUGCAGGGGCAUGCUCUAUACACCAAAACUGCUUCAUUAACCCCUUAAGGACACAUGACAUGUUAGACAUGUCAUGAUUCCCUUUUUAUUCCAAAAGUUUGGUCCUUAAAGGACCACUCUAGACACCCAGACCACUUCAGCCUAAUGAAGUGGUCUGGGUGCCAGGUCCAGCUAGGGAUAACCUUUUUAUUUUUAUUUUUUUUAUUUUUUUAUAAAUAGGUUAAUCCAGCCUCUAAAGCCUGUAGUGGCUGUCUCAUUGACAGCCGCUAGAGGCGUUUGUGUGCUUCUCACUGUGAAAACUCCCAGUGAGAAGACGCAAGCGUCCAUAGGAAAGCAUUAUGAAUGCUUUCCUAUGAGAUUGGCUAGCUGCGUGCGCAGCUCCUGCCGCGCAUGCGCAUUCAGCCGUAGAGGAGGAGAGCUCGUCCCUUUAACUGGAAGCAUAGUUGACUUAGAGAAUCUUCUUUUUCCAGGUCAACUAUUUUGACCUUAAAACGAUCAUAGCCGCAUCCAUUAUUUUAUUUCUUUAAUUUUUAAAUCCCUCCCCGAUUGCAAUAAUUUCUAGGCUCCCCAUUUUUACCUUUUUAAAAUAAAUAAACAAAACAAAAAACAAAUUAAAGGUAAGCUCCUGGGCACGUCAUCUGCCCACACUAGAUAUGGCUAUGAAAUUCCCGUGCGUGCCCAGUUGAACACUUGGACAUUGGCUAUUGUCCAAAAUUCGGGCAGAAAUUUAGUCAAUUUAUUAAUUUGUCAGAAAGAUGAAUGCAGUGAUCCUAGUCCCUUCCAUUCCCAUGCCCCCGUCGUUCUAUGGGGGUAAAUAUGACCUCCACAUUAGCAUAAAAUCUCUCUAAUGCCCUUACUCGCUAUGCUAUGAGCAGUUCACUGUUCCAAAAAAGGGGAAGAAGAAAAAAAAAAGGAUUCUAAAUCAAAUAAAGGGGGACCUAGCAUAGGUCCCCCAUGGUGGGGCAUCGCUUACAUUAACAGGGGAGGACAUAGUGUGUGUGUCCCUGCCACUCAUGUGCGGUGGGUGGGGGCCCUAAGUAACAAAAGGGGGGCGACAAUUACCUAUUGUCUCUCUUCAAAUAAAUAAAAAUCACACUUGCAUGUAUGUAUUUAUGUAGUAGCCGUAUUAGUCAAGUGAUGUAGAUGUAAAAAAACAGAUAAAAUUGGUAUCUUGUAAUACCUUUUUUAUUGGACUAACAGAAUUUUUUAAUGACAAGCUUUCGGGAGAACCUCCCUUUCUCAAGUCUAAAGCAUUUCUGAGGAAGACAACACAUAGAAAGUUGAGUUGGGAUACAGGGGUUAAAGCGACAUGAGUGCAGAUAAGACACAGGUUUGUUAGAAAUUUUUUGCAAAGGGUCAUACAUUUCUUUCUGAAGAGCAGAGUGAGGGGAGAUGGUGAUUUUAUCUGUUUAUAAUAUAUAUAUAUAUAUAUAUAUAUAUAUAUAUAUAUAUAUAUAUAUAUAUAUAUAUAUAUAUUACACAAGAUCCAGCGCACUCACCUAUCCACUAAACAGCAACUUCAAUGUUGAAAGAUUUUAUUUGUUUUUUUUUAAAACACCUAAUCUAGGCAAAAAUAAUGGGGGUUUAGUUACAUUAUAUGAUCAUACAUUGCAUAAGCCUGCCACAACGUCAAUGUAUCCCAUCUUUGGCAGGUCCUACACUAACAGCCUAAUGUCUGCUCUUAUGAGAUUAACCUACUUGGGAAAAUAAUUCCAUCUGGGGCUCUCUGCAGUACAAGGCUAAAUAGGGCCCUGGGAUGAGGCACCUGUGACAGGGAGGGGUGCAAAACCAAGGAGCUGGCUAGACUCCCAAAUAUAUAUAAAACAAGAGGGGGUUGGCUGCACUCACCUUAACAUGCAUAAAUGGGGGUGCUGCUGGGGGCCAAAUAAUACAAUACACAAGAUCCAGCGCACUCACCUAUCCACUAAACAGCAACUUCAAUGUUGAAAGAUUUUGGUUUUUUUAAAACACCUAAUCUAGGCAAAAAUAAUGGGGUUUAGUUACAUUAUAUGAUCAUACAUUGCAUAAGCCUGCCACAACGUCAAUGUACCCCAUCUUUGGCAGGUCCUACACUAACAGCCUAAUGUCUGCUCUUAUGAGAUUAACCUACUUGGGGAAAAUAAUUCCAUCUUUUUUAAAAAAACAAAAUCUUUCAACAUUGAAGUUGCUGUUUAGUGGAUAGGUGAGUGCGCUGGAUCUUGUGUAUUGUAUUAUUUGGCCCCCAGCAGCACCCCCAUUUAUGCAUGUUAAGGUGAGUGCAGCCAACCCCCUCUUGUUUUUUAUAUAUAUUUGGGAGUCUAGCCAGCUCCUUGGUUUUGCACCCCUCCCUGUCACAGGUGCCUCAUCCCAGGGCCCUAUUUAGCCUUGUACUGCAGAGAGCCCCAGAUGGAAUUAUUUUCCCCAAGUAGGUUAAUCUCAUAAGAGCAGACAUUAGGCUGUUAGUGUAGGACCUGCCAAAGAUGGGGUACAUUGACGUUGUGGCAGGCUUAUGCAAUGUAUGAUCAUAUAAUGUACUAAACCCCAUUAUUUUUGCCUAGAUUAGGUGUUUUUAAAAAAAAAAUCUUCAACAUUGAAGUUGCUGUUUAGUGGAUAGGUGAGUGCGCUGGAUCUUGUGUAUUGUAUUAUUUGGCCCCCAGCAGCACCCCCAUUUAUGCAUGUUAAGGUGAGUGCAGCCAACCCCCUCUUGUUUUAUAUAUAUUUUUUUUUUUUAUUCAAAUCAAUCUGUGUUCCUGAAUUUUAACUUUUUUUUUUUUUUGUCACAACCUGUAUAUAACUCAAUCACUUAUUCAACAUCAAUCAAUAGAGCAUGUCCAAACAGCUUGCCCAGUCAUUUUCUUUUCCAAAUCAUUUAAUGCAUUUUAUUCACUAAGCUUUAGUAGUCAAACUAGAUGGAGUGUCACUAUAAGCACAAAGUAAAUGGUCUGUUUGACAGUUAACCUGAUCUAAGACCCUAUUUAUAGCAUCUUUUUAACCCCUUAAGGACCAAACUUCUGGAAUAAAAGGGAAUCAUGACAUGUCACACAUGUCAUGUGUCCUUAAGGGGUUAAUGUUCACUCAUCCAUUGAUUGAAUGGGUUGAUGGCAUCUGAUAUGAAAGAAAGGGGGAGGGGAGAGAGUGUGUGUUUGGUUUUUAAAGGGCUAUCCAUUUAAAGAGUCAGUCCCAAUGUGUUUUAUACAGCCAAUGUUUGUAGGGAGCUAUGCAAUGUUUCUCUUCCUGUCCCCUUCUAUUUAUCAUUACUGAACGCAGCCACACUGGAUUGGAUUGGAAUUUUGUGCUCUAACACCUGUGUACUGGACAGACUUCUAUCCUGACUGGUUCAGCAAACGCUUGACCAAUUAGUCCUCCAGCAACAUAUCUAUGUGUAAGUUAGUUAGAAACUCAGUCAUUGGGCAGUGAAGCCUAUUAAAAGAAUGCAUUUUUUUUUUGCAACCUAUAGAAUAUGUGCUUGUUCAUGACCUUUAUAGCUACACUUGGGGUUGCGUUCCAGAGUGACAGAUGAAACUGAUCCAUAUGUUUAAACCACCUGUCCCCAUCCCCCCCCAUGAGCAGGGUUCAGCUUACACUCAUCUCAGGAAUUAAAAAUGUCUCCGCUCUGUCACUGCAUUGUACACAUCACUGUCGAUUCUUUCGGAGGACAGAACAAACACCAUGUAACACUUUAUAAUUUAAAGCCCACAAUCUGUGCUACUCCACCCUAUAGAGUAUUACUGACAUGGCCACGAGCUAUUAAUUACCAGCUGAAUACUUGAUAUAUUUUAUAGGAAACAUGCAUACUCAAGGUGCUUGGCUGGCAGAUAUGUUAAUAGUGGUACUUUGUUAGUAGAUGUUUUAGAAACGUUCACCCAGAUAUCAUAAUUGCAGAGCCUUCAGUAGUUCUAGGAAUGACCGUAUAAAGAAUAAGCCAACACAAAUGCUGUGGAUAGAAAACUGAUUCAACAGGCAACAAAAGCACUAAAAACAACAUUAAAAAAAAUAAUUACGGUACUACAGAGUAUCAUAAAUACACAGGCCUUAAUUUUCUUAAAUAGUUGUAACAGUCAGUUAAACGUAGCGGGUGAAGAGAUGGUUCAAUUUAAUGUGAAAACACUUGGAAUAGUGGCGGGAUUAACGCAGAAUAUAGCUAUGACAUUUUCUGUAUGUUAUAAAGCAUUUGCUAAUUUUAGUUUUAAGGUCAUCUGGAGCCUGUAGUUUGACACCCUUGGAGAGUAUAUAGGACAAGUUGCCCCCUAUCCUCUACUUGACAGUGAUCAGUGCACAGAAGAGAGAUAUAUAUAUAUAAGGCCUACAAAUCUAAUUUUAUGUAAAAUUUGUGGUGGAAAGUUCUAUACUUGAAUUAAUUUAAAAAAUAGUUGAAGCUAUAAAUGCCAUACAAGUACAAAAAGCUAAUUUAAUACAUUUGCAAAGAACAUAUCACUGGAUAAAAUACUGCCUCUUUUUAUUUUUUAUUAAUAAAAAAAAAAUAAUAAUAAUAAAAAAAAAAUUAUAUAUAUCUAUAUAUAUAUAAAAAAUGUUAUAUAAUUUUUUUGUUUUGUGCAGUGCAAAGGAUAGGUACACACAGGCAAUCCUCUGGCAUCAUAUCAAGCUUUAAAAUUGGGGUAGUGGAAUGAACAUGCACAAUUUUAUAUUAUAAGAAACAUGCUUAAAGAUGAGAAACAUGCUGAACUUUUUCGUGAACAUAUGUAGAGUCAAUCAAGAUUUUGUUAGCAAGAUUUUGUUAGCAAGAGUUGUUUAAACAUUUGUAGAUGUUUAGUUGUGUCUGCCCAGCCACCAUUCUUGAUACAGGCUAGUUGCAAACUUAUAAUGGUGAAUUGGAUGGCUAGGAAACAGACUAGGUUAGAUAGUAUGGGGUUAACAAGCUAAGCUAGAAACAUGCAAAGCACAUCUAGCGACAGACACAUUGGUUGUUACUUAAGGUUCAGCAUAGCUAUAUAGGCUUCUGGCAUAAGGAUUAUGUAAUGCCACUGGUCAUGUUAUCAAAGAAACCUAAGGUUUCACGAGGCAAAUAAAAAAGAAAGGAAGACAUACGGCACGCAAGCGGGACACCUCAACAAUAGGGGUAGGAGCUUGUCACGGUGCCGCUCUGGAUUUCCUAGGGGCAUAUCAACUUAUGCCACUGACCAUCCAGGCUUAGGAGUACUGGUCCUCUUGAGGACUGUCAUGCGUCCCCUCCAGCCAGGCGCUGUGUAUGUUCUGCGAGUAGAGUAGGCUUUCCAGCUGCUGUCUCCCGCAACUUCCUUCUGCUAGAGGCUGGAUCUUGUGCCCUCGGGGUCCCCGAAGCUCGGUUGCCCCUUAGGUUGUAUGGAUGGCAACCUGGUUUACAUUCCAGAUGGGCCCCCAGCCCAGAAGAGUAGCUGUAGGGUUUGGUGAAGUACCUGAAAGUACUAUCCGUUUCUCCACCGUCCCGGUACAAGGGGUCGCUUCAGUGACUACUGGUGCUACAGAGGUUAGAAUCCAUGGUUGCUCGUACCGCCGGCCCUGGGCCUUCUCAGGAACCCAUGUGCGAUUCCGACUGCUCCGGUCAGUCUUGCAGCUGCGAGCAAGAACUCGGGAGAUGGUGUUCUCUGCUUGGAGAGGAGGUUCUGUCUGCUGAGUAAGUGGGAUGAGCACCAGGGUCUUUCCCCUUCCAGCCAUCUGCCCAGGAAGGUUGUAUCGAACUCUGGACCACUUAGGACACGAGCGGGUGUCUGUUGAGUGGAUCGUCUGCCUCUCCUGCCGCACCGAGGUGCGAGCCAUGGGCUCUGUCCGCUGCUUGACUGUCAGGAGGCUUGCGCUCUCUCCUCUGCUCCCUCUUAGCCUGUGCCCCUCUGUCUUGCAACUUCCACCAGAAUUUGCUGACAAAAGUAUCUAGCCGCUCUUCGAGUGUCACUGACAGGCCCUGUGCUGAUAUCUCAGGUUCAUCCACUACCAUCUCGGUUUCAGCUGUGGAGCUGGGCGCAGGCGACAGGAGUGGGUGGGUUACUCAGUACCUCGGUUUGCUUUGAGGUAGAGCCUGUAUGCUUGUGCCGCGGUAAACCCCACCGGCUUGGAUAUAUAUAUCACAUUUUUGCCUCCUUCCAUUUUUAACAUGGAUUCCUUUUAAUCUGUGUUUGCUGUAUACAACCGCUUGAAACACAAUAUAGGAAAAGAUGCAAAAACAGCUGUCCAUGAGUGGUUCACUGGUUUUGCAUCUUUUCCUAUAUUGUGUUUCAAGCUGUUGUGAUCCUCAUCGAUUAGUGAAGAGUGUCUAUAUUAUAUAUGUGUAAUAUAUUCUAAAAUAAUUAAAUCAUUUUAUAAUAUAUUAUACAUAUAUAAUGCAUCUAUAUGAUUUCAUUAGUGUACUUUGAUAUAUAUCUCUAAAUACACUUAUGAUGAAAUCAUAGAUGCAUUAUAUAUGUAUAAUAUAUAUUAUAAAAUGAUUUAAUUAUAGUAAUAUUAUACAUAUAGGAAAUAAAAGUGCGUGUGUGUGUUUUAAAACCAAAACAUUUUAUGUUUAUACAAAAACCCAUAAAACUGCUAUCUUUGGCCAGCGUUUUUGCCUAAGUGGCUACUACAAAAGACUGGACAUACCCCAUUUUGAAUACCCUGGGUUGUCUACAUUUGAAAACGGUAUGCCAUGAUGGGGUUAUUUCACAUUCCUGGGCUACCAUAUGGUCUCAAAAGGCAACUAAGGUCCGGCAAACUAGAUCGGGCAAGCCCUAUAUUGACGCUGUAACAUUCCAAAACACCAUAAAACCUGUACAUGGGGGUAUUGUUAUACUCAGGAUACUUAGUUGAACACAAAUAUGAGUGUUCUAAAUCAGGGAAACUUAUUCCGACGAUGAAAUCACCAGUAAAAGUGCAGUUUUUGUGUAAAAAAUAAAAAUAAAAAAUGCACAAAACAAAGAGAAAUGCUAACUUUGGCCAGCGUUUGUGACUAAGUGGCUACUGCAAAAGACUGAACAUACCCCAUUUUGAAUACCCUGGGUUGUCUACUUUUACAAAUGGUAUGCCAUGAUGGGGUUAAUUUUAAUUCCUGGGCUGCUAUAUGGUCUCAAAGGCCCAGCAAACCAAUCUGGCAAAUUUCAAUGUGCAAACAUGAAAAGCCCUACAUUUGACCCCUGUAAGUUUACAAAAGCCCAUAAAACCUGCACAUUGGGGGCACUGUUGCACUCAGGAGAUGCUGCUGAACACAUAUUUGGGGUUUCUUUGUCAGUAACACAUAACAUGAACUGAGAAUCCAUGCCUAAAGUACAAUGUGAGAAAAAUAACACCAAAAAAAGCCUAUCCAAAAGUUUGACAAAGGCUGGUGGUAGAAUUAGUGCAUGGAAAGUGUUAAAAUACCACCAUUUGAAAUACCCUAGGGUGUCUACUUUUCAAAAAUAUAUGGUUUGAUGGGGGUAAAUUAUAUUGUCCGGCAUCAAAAAUGUCCCAAAUAGGACAUAGGUGCUUGAUGACUGUGAAAAUUCAAAGUUGGAAAACUGGAAUGCGCACCCUCCAAAUAAGGUCUUUUAGCCCCCAAAGAACCCAACACACUUAUGCAUGGGAGGUAUUGCUGUACUCAGGAGAUGUUGAACAAAUAUAUUGGGGUGUUCUUUGGCAGUAACACCUAACAGGAGCUGAGAAUCCAUGCCAGGGUAAAACCUGUUAUACAUGCAUUUCUAGCAUUCUGUGUAUUUUGUUCUUUAGUUGUUUGAGGAUAAUGAGAGAAACAUAGAAUGUGACGGCACAUAAAAACCAUUCGGCCCAUUUAGUCUUCCCAAUUUUCUAAAUACUUUCAUUGAUCCGUGGCCUUAUCUUAUAGUUAUGCCUUAUGCCUAUCCCACGCAUGCUUAAACUCCUUUACUGUGUUAACCUCUACCACUUCAGCUGGAAGGCUAUUCCAUGCAUCCACUACCCUCUCAGUAAAGUAAUACUUCCUGAUAUUAUUUUUAAACCUUUGUCCCUCUAAUUUAAGACUAUGUCCUCUUGUUGUGGUAGUUUUUCUUCUUUUAAAUAUAGUCUCCUCCUUUACUGUGUUGAUUCCCUUUAUGUAUUUAAAUGUUUCUAUCAUAUCCUCCCUGUCUCUUCUUUCCUCCAAGCUAUACAUGUUACCUUUAACCUUUCCUGGUAAGUUUUAUCCCGCAAUCCAUGAACCAGUUUAGUAGCCCUUCUCUGAACCCUCUCUAAGGUAUCAAUAUCUGCAUACAAUACUCCAAGUGAGGUCUCACCAGUGUUCUGUACAAUGGCAUGAGCACUUCCCUCUUUCUACUGCUAAUAUCUCUCCCUAUACAACCAAGCAUUAUGCUAGCAUUUCCUGCUGCUCUAUUACAUUGUCUGCCUACCUUUAAGUCAUCAGAAAUAAUCACCCCUAAAUCCCCUUCCUCAUAUGUUGAGGUUAGGACUCUAUCAAAUAUUCUGUACUCUGCCCUUGGGUUUUUACGUCCAAGAUGCAUUAUCUUGCACUUAUCCACAUUAAAUGUCAGUUGCCAAAACUCUGACCAUUUUGCUAGUUUGCCUAAAUCAUUUGCCAUUUGGCUUAUCCCUACUGGAACUUCAACCCUGUUACAUAUCUUAGUAUCAUCAGCAAAAAGACACACCUUACCAUCAAGACCUUCUGCAAUAUCCCUAAUAAAAAUAUUAACGUGAAUGGGUCCAAGUACAGAUCCUUGAGGUACACCAUUGGUGACAAGCACAAGCUUCGAAUAUACUCCAUUGACUACAACCCUCUGUUGCCUGUCACUCAGCCACUGCCUUACCCAUUCAACAAUAUUGAAAUCCAAACUUAAAGAUAGCAGUUUAUUGAUAAGCCUUCUAUGUGCAACAAUGUCAAAAGCCUUACUGAAAUCUAGGUAAGCAAUGUCUACUGCACCACCCUGAUCUAGUUACCCAAUCAAAAAAAUUAAUAAGAUUAGUUUGGCAUGAUCUCCCUGAAGUAAACCCAUGUUGUCUCUGAUCUUGAAAUCCAUGUGUUUUUAGAUGUUCAUCAAUCCUAUCCUUUAACAUGGUUUCCAUCACUUUCCCCACUACUGAAGUAAGGCUUACUGGCCUAUAGCUGCCCGACUCCUCCCUAUUACCUUUCUUCUGAAUGGGCACAACAUGCGCUAACUUCCAAUCCUCUGGGACUACUCCUGUUAACAAUGAUUGGUUAAAUAAAUCUGUUAAUGGUUUUACUAGUACACCACUAAGCUUUUUUUUAAUAGCUUUGGGUGUAUUCCAUUAGGUCCCAUUGACUUAUUUGUCUUUACUUUUGACAGUUGGAAUAGAACCUCUUCCUCUGUAAACUCACGUGUAAUAAAUGACUCAUUUAUCCUUUUUCUUAACUGAGGUCCUUUUCCUUCAUUUUCAUCUGUAAAUACCGAACAAAAAUAUUAAUUGAGGCAGUUAGCUAGACCUUUAUCUUCUUCUACAUAUCUUCCUUCUUUUGUUUUUAAUCUAACUAAUCCUUGUUUUACUUUUCUUUUCUCAUUUAUGUAUCUAAAAAAUGUUUUAUCCCCCUUUUUUACUGACUGUGCUAUUUUCUCUUCCGUGUGUGAUUUGGAAGCUUUUCUAACUUGCUUAGCCUCUUUUUGUCUAAUCUUAUAGAUCAUUCUGUCUUCCUCACUCUGGGUUUUUUUAUAAUUACUGAAUGCUAACUUUUUGAUUUUUACUAUUUUGGCCACAUCUGCGGAGUACCACAGUGGUUUCUUGACUUUUUUUGCUUUUACUGACAAGCCUAAUGCAAUUAAAUAAUGUAAUUUCUCUUGGACUCCAUUUAAAUUGCUCCAGUCUGAUAAUGACUCCUUUUACACAUAUUCUAAUUUUAGAAAAGUCUGUUUUUCUAAAGUCUAAAACUUUUGCUUUUGUGUGGUGUGACUCAGUCACUGUUCUUAUAUUAAACCACACUGACGAUCACUGGAUCCUAAACUUAAACCUACAGUAAUAUCUGAUACCAAAUCUCCAUUUGUUAACACUAAAUCUAGUAUGGCCUCUUUACGAGUUGGCUCUUCAACAACUUGUUUUAGAGACAAUCCCAGUAGUGAGUUAAGAAUAUGUGUGCUCCUGGCACAAGUAGCUAAUUUUGUUUUCCAAUUCACAUCAGGAAGAUUAAAGUCACCCAUGAUGAUAACUUCCCCCUUGAUUGUCAUUUUAGCUAUUUCCUCAACUAGUAGAUUAUCUAACUCUAUUUGUCUUGGGGGCCUAUAAAUCACACCUACACGAGUUACUGUGUAAUUACCAAAUUCUAACGUAACCCAAACGGACUCUGUUUGUCUCACUAACUUUUAUUAGGCUAGAUUUUAUGCUAUCCUUCACAUACAGGGCCACCCCUCCCCUUUUCUUGCCUUCCCUGUCUUUUCUAUAGAAAGAGUACCCUGGUAUUAUGUCCCAGUCAUUUUUCUCAUUAUACCAUGUCUCAGUAACAGCGACUAAAUCUACACUAUCAGUUGCCAUUAUUGCCACAAGUUCAUGGAUCUUAUUCCCUGAACUGCGAGCAUUUGUAGACAUGACUCUAAGCUUAUCAUUUUUAACACACUUGCUACAGUCACCUUCUGUCCUUGUUUUGGGGGACAAUUGGAUUGUUUUAUCACCCUUUUGAGAAAGAUGCAAACCAUCUUUUUUGUACAGUUUUUUUCCAUUCCAAAUAGAGCUACCAUGAGAAAUAAAGCCAAAUCCUUGCUCCCGACACCAUUCACCAAGCCACAAGUUAAAGUCCCUAAUAUGCAUCCUCCUAUCGUUCUGAGUGUUUUGCACAGGCAGAACUUCAGAGAAUGACAGUGUGGAAGCAACCCUCAGUGCCUCUCUCCACAACACCACUACCCUCAGUGCCUCUCUCCACAACACCAUUACACUCUGAAAGUGCAGAAAAUGAAUUAUGUAGAGCAACAGACUGUGUGCAAUAUGCCUUUUAUCCACAACUGUAAGUCUACCAGAUCCUACAGUAAUCCAUCUGCCAUUCCUAGUAUGUCUCUGCGGCAGUGAGAGAGAUCCAAAGUAUUGUUCACAAUGACCCACCAGGUGUUUUUCUUCAUUGUAUGGGCAGCAUAAAGCUUUUCUUACCAUGGCUUCAUACUAGCCAUAUAUUGUGUUGGCCAUCAUUGUUUAACGAACACCAAAAUCCUAGUGACUCAAAGCAGUGUUGGGACCAUUGACAGGAAGUGCAUGGCUCAGCAAUAAUAAUGAAACGUACACGUGGCUGCAUGUGUAUAUUAUACAGUAUCAGAACAUGUUGGAACUCCUAGAGUAGAUUGCCAAGUUCUGGUAGGUAUUUUGCACUUCUAAUGGGGAUAUGUUAUUCCCUUCAGAAUAAUCCCAUAUGUUUUUGACUUUUGUCACUAAUUAUAUUUGAGUAAUUUGUUGGUAUGCAUCGAUUUAACUUUUGGUGUACACCUCAUUAAUAUAGAGCAUGUGAUGCCAAAGACAAGGAUACGCACGAAGAUCUAGGAAUUCUAGCUGUAAAUUAUACUAAUAUAUUGAUAGGAACUAUUUUUAGGCUUCAGCCUACAAGUGGAAACUACCGUUGUGUUGGCGUCUCUCUUGGGUAUUAGUGUGUUGCGACUGUUGCUAAUGUAACCCCGAUCUUUUGGAGAGACCUAUUUACAGGCAGAGUUUAGUGCAUGCAUUAACCUUCUGUAUAGAUUAUUAGAUUCCUAUCACAGGUAUACUUUGACCAGUGUUCACCUGGUGUUUCUUCAAGAAAGCAUAUCAAUUAAACUGUUAGCAGGUUUUCAUCACCCACCCUACUUGACUCCUCUCCUGCAACUGUCAAAAAUUACCUACUAAGCCCUCAGUGAAUACUUUUCUAACAACUUACUUCAUACCCUUUUACCCUUUGUGUCGCUAUACCCCACUCCCUCUAGAAUGAAAGCUCAUUGAGUAGGGCCCUCUACCUCUCUGUUCCUGUACGUCCAGUUGUGUGGUUACAGUUAAUGUCAGCCCACCCAUUGUACAGUGCUACGGCAUCUGAUGGCGCUAUAGAAAUAAUAAAAUAUUAAUAAAUAAUAAGUAUGGAACAUUCCAUAGCUAUGUAUAGGAGCGGUUCUUAAUCCUUGGUUCGGGACAUGAAAAUACCCUUGCUAUUUUAUUGUCUAUACUUGAAGGGACUCUCCACACACAUAAAGCACUUUAGCUUGCUGAAGUGUUUUGAGGCUGUCACAUUUGUGACUGUUUUAUGGAAUCAGCAUGUUUAUAUUUAAGGGAAGAAACUCUGCCUUGUGCUGGUACAUUUCCUCAUGAUUAAGUCCAUAUAUUAUGCCCCUGCUGCAAGUAAAAGCAAAUAACUGAAGAAUUUCUGUUCAGUAGUAAGACAGAGUGGCUCAUGGGAAGAUUCUACAACAUUGUAUGUCUGUAAUUGGGUUAUCAGAAGUACAUAGUUUGCACUUAAAGGAAGUAUUAGGACUACAAAUAUGUACUCCCAACAAUAAAAUGUCCCUCUGGUCCACUCAGAAUAAAACCCUUUCAGUCACUAAUCUUCAGCACCAAUGUCGCAUGGCACUCUGUUGCACUUUUCCUCCGCUGACGUCAGCUGAUGGAGGGGCUCUAAUGUGCAUUUGCCAGUAGAGGCAGUCUUGGCACUGUAAUGACAACAUUGCAGUUUCUCUAAUGUUUUACAUUGCAGGGCUAAGGUGAGAGGGACAGUGCACCCAGACCACUUCAAUUAGAUGAUGUUAUCUGGGUGCCUAUAGGGUCACUUUAAGGGGGAAAAGCAUUGUAUAAUUAGAAGUACACUCCUCUUUCUUCAAGUUACUAUUAAAUUAACUGUACAAAUACGAUGUUUGUAAAAUAUUGUAUAAUCUGUAGGGAAAAUUUGUUUUGAUUUCAUUAUUUAUUUAUAUAUAUAUAUAAAUAUAUAAAUAAAUUUUUUUUGUCUCUGGGUAUUUGUUCCCAUGUCUGCUAAUUUAUCUGUCCGUUUAGAGAGCUAAAAUAUAUGGCUAUACACCAUAUAUAAUUUGAACAAAGAAAAGCAUAAGCAGUUUAUUUAUUAUUAUUAUUUUUUUUUUAUGGAAUUUAAUAUUUUUCUUUCAUAUUCUUUUCAUCACCAGUAAACGUGAAAUUCCAUCAAGUAACUUCACCAUCCAUGAGAUCCAUUGUAGGAGGAAUAUCAGUGUGUGCAGACUAUGCAAGGAGCCAUUCCCCACGUCGGAAAUGGACGAGCACAUGGCUACUGAACAUGCCCCGGUACUCCCAUUUAGUUGCUCAUCCUCAUAGGUUGUACCCUGUUAACAUUAAAUGUUUGUGUGGUUUAAUAAAUACCACUAACCCUACUUAAUCAUGCUAAAAGGAGUUCUGUCAGUCAGUGUAUGUAUUUUAUUUAUUUUUAAUGCAUUUGUGUUUUUGUUUUUUUUCCCUGGCUGAAACUGCCUUUUUAUAGAAAUAUGAUGGAUAGCAAAGUGCUUGAUUCUUCCAACAUUCAAAGUGGACAAACUUAAAAAUUAUUGGCUUAAGAGUUGGGUGAUAUUUAUUCUCACUAUUUAUACAGACUGAUGCACUAGGGCAGUUGUCACACUUAUUAUCUUGACUUCUUUUAUCUGCCUUUUUUAAAAAAAUUUUUUUUUUUUUUUUGCAGGUUACAUGCAAAUGUAAAAAGACCAUGGAGAAAUGUGAUUUAGAGGAACACGAGGUCAGUAUUGCUUUGAGAGUAAUGAUGUAUUGCUUCAUAUCUUUUCUAGCAAAAUGACAUUUCCAACUAGGGAAAAAUGUCUAAAUGAAUAAAAACAAAUGUUAAAACUUUGCAUUAAUUAUUUUACCUGACCAAAAAAAACGCACAAGUAACAUGUUUUCAAGAAAAGUUUAAACCUGGAACGAAAAUUGUAUAUUGCUGUAUAAUCUACAUGCAAGCCCUGCACAGGAUCUGCUGUCCCGAGUUGUCGUAAUAUCCCUUUAAGCAUUGUUUGCCAGAAUUGAGUUCCACCAAAUCGCAUUUUCUGUCUAGUUAGUGUGCUGGAAUGCAAGCUCUGUUCUAUGAAAGACCCCAAAUCUCCUUGUGCGUAUGCAUUAACUUCCUUUAGACACCUGUUGUGCAUAGCACACGAAUAGACUUUCUCCAUUAUAGAUUCAUAUUGUGUUCAUACAGCGCAGUUCUUGCCCUUGCCUAAAAAGUCAUACUUUUCCUCUCUCAUUAGUUCAUGCUCCCGCAAUCCCAGGCGUCUCUUUGACACAUUUAACUCUCUUCUUCGCCCUGCUGUGGAACACCCUUUAAACUAUACUUACAGUCGAGAGCUUUGCAUGCUACUUUACUGACAAGACUGAAAAGCUAACGAAAGAAUUAUCCCCACCCUGCCUUUCUCUUUCUCAACCACACGUAGAUCAUUCUUUUCCAGACUUUCUCCCUGGCUACUGAACAAGAGGUGGCUGCGCUUCUCCUUUCCUCUCGCCCCACCACUUGUCUGCUUGAUCCUGUCCCAUCUCACCUUAUCAGAUCUCUCUCCCAUUGUUUUGUGCCUUCCUUAACACACAUCUUCAACUGCUCUCUCUCUCCUGGCAUUGUCCCUGCUGACCUUAAACAUGCUACUAUAGUACCUAUCCUGGGAAAAAAAAAUCCCUCGACCCAUCCUCCCCCUCUAUCGUCCCAUAUCCCUGCUCCCUUUUUCCUCAAAGCUUCUGGAAAGACUUGUCUUUACCGUAUCAAUCUGGCUUCCACUCCCUCCACUCUACUGAGACUGCUCUUCUCAAAGUUACUAAUGACCUAAUCGCAGCUAAAUCCAAAGGCCACUACUCCACACUAAUCCUUCUUGACCUCUCUGCUGCCUUUGACACCGUUGACCAUGCUCUCUUUCAGACUUUUCAAUCUUUGUGACACUGUCCUUUUUUGGUUUUCCUCCUAUCUCUCCCAACGCUCAUUCAGUGUCUUCUUUUCUAAUGAUACCUCCUUCAUCCUGUCUCUGUUGGGGUCCCCUUCGAUUUUCUCUUUAUACUGUCUCUGUCUCUUUUGGCAAACUUAUUGCCUCAUUUGGAUUCCACUGCCACCAGUACACUGAUGACACCUAGCUAUAUCUCUCCUCCCCAGACCUCUCCCCUGCCUUCUUGCAACGUGUCACUGCUUGCCUUUCCUUCAUCUCUGACUGGAUGUCCUCCUGCUUUCUAAAACAAAAUCUCUCUAAAACUGAACUCCUUGUCUUUCCUCCUCCUAAUACUGAUCCUCUUCUUUCGCUUUCCCUUAAAGUCAGUGGUAUCCACAUCAGUCCAUCCUUGCAAGCUCGCUGUCUUGGCAUCAUAUUUGAUUCUAGCCUCACAUCCAGCAUGUUAACAAAUCCUGUAGAUUCCAUAUUAAAAACAUAGCCCGCAUCCGCCCCUUACUUAAGCAAGAUACUACCUAAGAGCUUGUCCGUGCUCUAGUAAUUUACCGCAUAAAUUAUUGUAUCCCUCUCCUAAUUGGUCUUCAUAAAAACCAUAUUGCCCUGCUACAGUCUGUAAUGAAUGCUGCCGCCAGACUGAUUUUUUUUUUUUUUUCCUCUCUCUCUCUCUCUAGUCGGUCCUCUCACACCUCACCCCUUUGUCAGUCCUUACAUUGGCUUCCUGUAUCCUAUAGGAGUCAAUUCAAAAUGCUAACCCAUACCUAUAAAGCAGUGACCAAUUCUAACCCCUCUUAUAUCUGUUCACAGAUUCAUAGGUAUGCCCCUUCUCGGUCUCUCCGCUCUGCCCGCGAGCUUCUCCUGUCCGCUACUCACACGCGUACAACCAACUCAUGCUUGCAGGACUUUUCGCGGCUGCCUCCCUUCCUAUGGAACAGCCUGCCUACUACCAUCAGACUCUCCCCUAGUCUUCAGUCAUUUGAGAAGUGCCUUAAAACCCAUCUUUUUAUGAAAGCUUAUGGCCUCCCAGAGUUACCUCUACCUCACAUACCUGUCUCUUGCUCUCUCCUAAAGGGCAGCACUCUACACUCUUCUCCAGCUCUGCUUCACUCCCACCUAUUUUGAUUGCUUCUCCCUGUCCUUUUGUGGUUUACACCCCACAUCCUAUAGACUGUAAGCUCUUUUGAGCAGGGUCCUCUUCAACCUAUCGUUCCUGUAAGUUUUCUUGUAAUUAUCCUAUUUAUUGCUAAAUCCCCUCUCUUAUAAUAUUGUAAAGCGCUACGGAAUCUUUUGUCGCUAUAUAAAUGACAAUAAUAAUAGGAUUGAUGGCAGACCUCAAUGUGACCACUUACAACAGGAUCUAUUAAGUUUACACUUAAGACAAAGUACUCCCUUUCUUUUGGUAUCUGUUUAUAAUUUACAAAAAAUAAAAAUCAAACCCUUUUAAAGCAGCCAAUGACGGGUCAAAUCUAAGACCUGUUUUCCAGGAAUGCUAUGAUCAUAUUGUUUUAUAUAUUCGAAUAUUAGUUUUUUUUCGCUUUUCUAUUGUAAGUUACUCAUAUAUAGAAUUACAUGGUAUCCUAACUUUUUUUUUUUAAUAUUGAAAUCUAGCGGAAUGCCUGCCCAUUGCGUCUUGUUAAAUGCCAGUUCUGUGAUCUAGAACUUGCCUUUAAUAAACUUGGUGACCAUGAGGAUUACUGUGGAGCUCGUACAGAGUGCUGUGAGAAAUGUGGACGCAGUGUAAUGACAAAGGACCUAAGCAACCACCCUCAGGUGUGUGGCAAGCAGGCUGAACCAAAGAGACCGACUAAAUCACAAACCUAUGUGGAUUACAGGGACCUUGACAAUGAUGGAGCAUGGUUUGAAAGAAGUGACCUUCAAAACCCAUUGAGAGACAAUGUGAAUUCUAGGGCACGAGGUACUGUUCCUAGUAGAUUUUACAGAAAUUCCUCUCUACCAGAGUCAAUGAAAACAAGGCUUGAUAAAAGAGGAGAGCAAAACAGAGGUGAGUUCCCAAACAAAAUUCUAUAUUGAUUUUAAUUAAAUUGUCAUAUUAUCAAUCAUGUUCUGGAAAUAAGAAAUGACAAAUAGAACUGUUACAUAUAAAUUGCACUGUGAAUAGGUGUGCUUGUCAUAGGUUUAAUUAAAAAAAAAAAAAAAAAAGUCUCUCAAAACAGAAUACAAAUUAAAGGGACACUAUAGGCACCCAGAUCACUUCAGCUCAUUUUAACUACAUUUUUAGUGAUCCUGCCAGAUGGACUUCAAGACCAUACAUACUGUAUAUUCUCUAAAUUUGUAUACUCCAUGGCCCUUAUUUUCCUACAAAAGAGGGUUUUUAAAAAUACAUUUUUAAAAAAUUUUUAUUUUAUUUUAAAUUCUUUAUUUUUGUUUGACAUAUCCGCAAAAGAUAAAACAAGAUGCACCCGUUUCACAACAUACAAUCGUGGUCAGGCGGAGAGAGUCUGGCGGCAUUAAAGGCAUACAUUAUGGAAGAGCAAUAGAUAACACAAGAGAAUAAAACCCAGUACAUAACUGAUAGAUAACGCCAUCCAGUGGGGGUACAUACAUCAUAAAUAAACCGUCAAGUUAACGUUUUACUGUGCACUAUCUCGGGCAGUAGUGGCCAGAAAAGGUGUAAGGCCUUUAUAGACAUCUGGUGGUGCCUACUCUACUUCAUGCUAAAGGAUGCUGCGUAGGGGCAUGAUCAUGUGCAUCUUGCAGUGGACCAUUGGAGCUGUUAGGCCUGGCUGUGCCCAGCCGAGCAGAGCUGAAUGCAGAGCGUCGUCUGCAACAUGGUGAUCUUGGCCGGCUCCUAGUGGCGUGCCCGAUGCAGCAACAGCUUUGGGAAGUAAGGAACCCCGCUAGCCCCUGGUGCCUACCUAUCUGGUCAGCGAUAACAUGGGUGAAUGUGCUGACGUUGAGCGUCUGUAAGCUAUCAAUGCCUGUGUAAGCUGUAUGUGUGAAAAAGGAGAAGGCCCUUGUCCAGAGUGAGGGCCAUAAUGAGAGAAAGAAAUAGUAGAAAAGUACAGAAGAAAAGGAAAGUGAGGGAACAAUAGUGGAAGAUAUGGGUGGACCAGGCGCGGGGAGGGCCCCGCAGGGCGGGGGGGAGAAGGCAGGCAACACCGCGUCCAACACAGCGCCGGACCAGUCAUUCUGCCAAGGGGCAUUCCCUCCACAGUCCCCACGUCUUCUCAAACGUCCUCUGGGUGCCUCGUACCCUGGCAGUCAAAUCGUCCAUGAGAUAGCUGUCCUUUAUUUUUCUCAGAACUAGUGAGAAGGGGGGGGCUGCAUCUUUAGCCAGUAUUGUGCUAUGGCCCGACUGGCUGCCAGUGUGAUCUUAUUGAGUAGUUUUAGGUUGUGUUUGGGCCAGUCAUCUAUCGGCCUGCCUAAGAGAAAUGUCCACGGGUCAAGGGUCGGGGCCCUCUGGAAGACCUGGGCCACCAAGCCUCUGAUCUCCCUCCAGAGCUUUUGUAUGAUGGGGCACUCCCACCACAUGUGGAUGUAAGUUCCUCUAAGACCACAGUUCCUCCAGCAUAAAUCCGUGGGCAAUUUGCACAUGCGGUGCAGUUGUAUGGGGGUGGUGUACCAUCUAAAGAGGGUCUUGUAUGACUGCUCCUGUAUGGAAACGCAAAUGGAAGAUGUGACUGUCGCCUCCCAGACCUCCUGCCACUCCACCCCCUCCAGCACCUCACCCAGGUCCCGCUCCCAAUGACCAAUGUAUGUCAAGUUGCCCCAUUCUUUGGUUUCUGCGCAUAUGUGUGCAUACAGUAGUGUGAUAAGGCCUCUAGGAGAUUGCUCACCUAAACAGAUGUUUUCAUAGAAGGUGGGGGCGGUGAGUGCUGCCCUGUGGACGAGCGGUUGCCUAGUGUAAACCGCGAGCUGGAGAUAUCUAAAAAAAGUCGGCUGGGGUUAAGUGAUGAUCCCGUCGCAAGGUGUCAAAGGGGAUGAUAGAUCCGUUUACAUAUAGUUGGCAAGCUCUCUGCAGGCCCGUCCGUUCUAUGCUACGGAACUCUCGGCCGCCAGACUGGGUGGAAAGGCCCUAUUUCUGAGGUAUGGUAUGAGGGAAGAGGGGGAGGAGGCCAGCCGAUAUUUCUGGGAUACCCUGUCCCAGAUGUGGAUGGAGUUGACUAUGGCUGGGCAGUCCGUGCGCAACAUGGGUCGAAGGUCUUUGGGUACCCAGAUGAGGUAUUGAGGGAGAUCUGAUCCUGUGAGCAGAGAUUCCAGUUCUACCCAUUUUCUUGUGUCUAUUGGGGAGUGCCACAUCGCUAUCUGGGCCAGCUGAGCAGCAAAGUAAUAAUUAUGUAAGUUAGGCAGGCCUAGCCCCCCCCCCAGACGUUUCGGGCGGUGUAAUAUGUGUCUCGACACACGGUGCCUUUUGUUUUGGCAUAUAAAAUUGCCGAUGGCUUUUUGGAGGUGGGCCAGGUCCGCUUUAGUCAGUGGGAAGGGGAGGGCCUGGAAGAGGAAAAGGAUCCUGGGGAGGACAUUCAUCUUAAUUGAAUGGAUCCGCCCCAGCCAGGAGAUGGGCUUAUCGACCCAAUUCUCCAUGUCUCUAAUAAGGGUGGUGAUCAGGGGGUGGUAGUUAUAUUCGUGCAUCUUAGACGGGUCUGCAGUCAAUUGGACUCCCAAAUAUGUGAUGGAGUGUGUCGCUACAUGAAUGCCUUGAUCCCUUUGUAUGCCUGUUAUUACGUCUGGUGGUAUCCCAAUAGGUAGGGCGCUAGACUUGGACAUGUUGGGCUUGUAGCCUGAAAGCGGGCUAAAUUGUGAGAGGGUCUCCUGCACCGACCUCAUUGAGACAACCGGCGACGUAAGGAACAGGAGGACAUCAUCGGCAUAUGCAGAGACUAGGAAUACCCUUCCCCUUACCGCUACUCCCUGGAUAUCCUGGUGUGAGCGCAGUGCCUGCAGGAGCGGUUCUAAUACGAGGGCAAAGAGAAGAGGGGAGAGUGGGCACCCCUGUCUCGUACCAUUGGUCAGUGGGAACGGAUCCGGGCGGGCUCCGGGGAUGAUCACCUGUGCCGUGACCCCAUGAUAUAGUGCGCGAAUAGUCUGAAUGUACGGAUCUUGGGAGUCCCAGGUGCUCAAGGAGUGUGAACAUGUAUGGUCAUUUCACCCGAUCAAAAGCUUUUUCAGCAUCUAGUGAUAACAUAUGGGUGGGGGGUUUUAUUUUUGUGCUGUCGCCAUAUGAUCUCGUAAUUCUUACGGGUAUUUUCGAAAAGUUGCCUCCCAGGUAUAAAACCUACCUGGUCGGCAUCCAUGAGUGUGCAGAGGAAAGGGUUAAGUCUUUCUGCCAAUAUUUUGGCAAGUAGCUUUGCGUCGUGGUUAAUGAGAUAUAUCAGUCUAUAGUUCCCCGGGUGUUGAGGGUCCUUGCCCGGUUUCGGGAUCAGUACUAUGUUAGCUAGGGUAAAAUCUCUAUCCAGGAGGCCAAACGCCCUCUUUGUGCAUAAGUCCAUUAUGGACGGUAUUCAUGUGGAGAUAUUUAUAAAAAGAAAAGAUGAUAAUCACAUAUCAUGUAUUUAAUGCAUAUAAAUAUCUCCACAUGAAUACCGUCCAUAAUGGAUUAUGCACAAAGAGGGCGUUUGCCCAAACCUAAGAUGGACGUCACAGUUACAUGUUCCGGUUUGUGAUGCUUUAGGUCACGUGGAACGUGCCGAAACGGGAAGUCUGACGGCCACCAAUAGGAAUCAUCCUGUAAAGAAGCACAGAGAUUGGAUAAUAAGAUUGGCACACCAAUCAGAUUGAAUGACACGGCAUUUAAACCACCGCAAGCAGCGAAUACACCACCGAUUUGAAAAAGCUGUCAGAAUACAGCGAAACGCGUCUCGGCCAGGAGGAAGGACUUAACAGUGACUUUUUAUUCACUUUUUUAUUCUUUUCAUUAUAUAAUUUAGUACACUUUUUCUUUUUGUUUGUAUUAUAUUUUAAUGAAUACAUUUUGUCCAUUAUUGAAGUCCUUCCAUCUUUUCUGCUGCUAAAAGAAGGGUGGUAGCCUCCUUAAAGGCACAGAUACCUGCAUACUAGGAGCCAGGUAUAAGGGCUCCCUACCAGGUGAGAAGCCAUUUUAUUCUAAUAUUAAUCAUUGAACACUGUGAUUUACUACACAAGGAUCUUUCCUUUUUCUUCACUUCCUUUAUGUACGCAUAAGGACCAACGACGAUUAGAGGAUCGAUUGGGUAUUAUGUCGCCUUAAGUACACACACACCGUUGUGAUCUGAGCCUAUCGUAAUUGGCUCAGUUACAUGUGAGUGGGUCUAUAUAGUAUAUUUACCUAUUGUGUUUGUUACCUAGCGUUACUUGCACCAUUUGUAUUUAUAUUUGUUUCAGAUUCACUGUUUCUUCUCUUUAUACAUUUGUAUGCAUACCCAUAUGGAUAAAUUGGUUAAUAUUUGAGCGCUCCACACGUACACCAGUGGUGGCUUUUUUAAAUCUACUACGCUGAGUGUUCACCUCGUUAAAUUCUUACUUUUUAUUUGUGCAAUAUGUGGUCCUUUAAUAUUUUAGACCUACAGUAUAUGCGCAGCUAUGACUGUAGAGAUAUAUAAUUCUUUUUAUUUUUUUUUGGUUCCUUUUAUGAAUUACUGAGUUUCUCUUCCUUGAUGCAGGCUAGGCUUUCUGGAACUUAUUCAUUAAAUUUCCCUAUGCUGUAAUAUGCCAGGUCUUUUGAUAGGGACUCCACUCUCAUCGGAAUUUUGCUUUUUCUAGUAAGUGAACGAACAAUUCUAUCAAGAUCUAUUCCUGCAAAGAAACCAGGAGAAGAAAGGGCUGCUGUUCCCUCCAUACCCAUCAGAAAACAACCAGGAGUUGAUUCUUUUAAGUCCCUGAGUCUUCAGAACGAUGUUCUUUCCAGCCCUGAACCUGAUCCAGUUGCUAACUAUGACUUUUGGAAAGCGGUUUACUCUAAAAGCCCCCCCAAAAAUAAUGCUCCUCAAUGGCAGGACAGUCGCAACUUCCUCUCUAACAAUGAAACCAAGUGGUAUGAUCCUGGAGAUUAUGAAAGUAAGUGGCACUGAGGUCCCCUUGGAGUGGUUAGUUGGAAUAACGAUUUUACUCUGUGUGUGUGUGUGUGUGUGUGUGUGUGUGUGUGUGUGUGUGGUUUUUUUUUAAAUAAACACUACAUCUUUGGUGGGCACUAUACACAUAUAUCAUGGGCUCCUCACUGGAGGAGCUUUAUGUACAGGCCCCCCCCCCAAUUGAAUCAUUUGCAAACCAACAGUCUUUCAUGCUUAGAAUGUGAUAAAAUCAAUCCUGUAUCCUGAACCACUUCCUUGGCAGACCUUAUCAGAAUUCAUGAUCUCAGCCAAUCCAAUGUUUCCCCAUGGGAAAAGCAUUGGAUUAGCAGAGACUGCCAAGGGGCGGGGCUAAUGUCAGCUUGGCCAAUCAGCAUCUCCCCAUAGAGAUGCAUUAAAUCAAUGUAUCUCUAUGGGGAAAGUUUAGGUUGGAGAGCGUGGAGACACUGAACGUUAUUGCUGCACCUUUAGUGGCUGUCUAAGGAGUGAACACUGGAGGUGUCCCUGCCUUUUUGUCGGAAAAGAUAGUGUUAACUGCAAAAAGCCUGCAGAGGCUGAUUAUACUCCAGGCAGCUAAAAGAGUUUUGAGCUUAAAUUAGAGGUAAUAAACUCAUAUCUGUGGUCAGUUUCUUUAUUUUUUUUUUUUCUUCUUUUUUCAAUUGUGUAGUUUUCCUGCAGUGCUGUAAAACGUCUUGCUGUUUUCAGCAGUUUAACCCAGCCUCCUUAGUCACCCCCUCUCACAUUUCAAUAAGUUUGUGAUUUCCAGUCUCUGCAAAAAAAAAACCUUUUGCAGCCACUGAAAAUAGAGGUGUGUCUUUUGUAGGGUAAGGAAUGCUCACAGUAUAGACUGCACUGCAGAGACAAGGUACAUCUAUUAUCCUCUCCCUCCCUCCCUUUAAUGCAAGUAAUACAUUCUCCUCCAGUCCCUGUCAGCCAACCUCCCUACCCACUGUUAACCCCCUUCUCUGCAAUUCCCUGUUAUCCAACCUCACUACCCACUGUUAACCCCAUUACCCUCCAGUCCAGAGAGAGAGAGAACACAAAGCUCUAUAGGUAUUUGUGAGUUUGUCUGUCUCUUUAUAUUUAUUUAUAAUAAACAUGACACUAUAUGAUAUAUAAUGUGGUGAGAAAGUGUGUGCUUGUGGUGGGGUAUGUAAGUUCUAGUGUCUGCUGUGUAACUUGGGGACAAUACUUGUUGGACAGGCAUUGUGGGUGUGUCAUUACUGAUUAGACCUAGAUAAACACUGCAGCAUGGCCCUCGGUAGAUGGUCUGACAAAAAUGCAGGAAACUGGGAGAAGGCAAAGGGGGAAAUGGCAUGCAAUCACAUGAGGAUAAGAAAAUACAAUUAAAUUAAAGCUUAAAACAGGUACUUCUACAGCUCUCUUUUACAUUAUUUAGGGGGAAAAAGCUGUUAGGGACACUAGGUUUACUGUUGGAGGGGGGGGAUAUGCAUUUUUUCCCACUUUCCAAUUGCUACUUUUGUCUCCUUUAGCUGAUGACAUUAAGCUGCCUUGUGAAUUCUGUGAAAAGCUGAUUCCAGAGCACAAGCUUAUCUUGCACCAGGUACUUUGAUUUUUACCCAAUGUUGAUCUUAUUAUUCCCAAAUAGGUUCAUGAGAUUUAUUCCACCACCAAAGUAAUGUUGUAGCUCUGUGCUAUAUAAAGUCUGUAAAGCUGUAUGUUUAUCCAACAAUAUUAAAUUCAAUGCCAUAGUAUCAGAGGCAUAGAAUGGAGAUUUGUUUUUAACUUUCAAGUUUUUUUUUUUCUCAUUUGGAAUGUUUAGCUUUUACACAGGCAUCAUCCCACUCUUCAGGAUUAAAUUGUGCCUGUCAUGGCAAAUAGAACGUAAAAUCUGAUUUGCUAUUUAUACAUUGCGCCAGCAAAUCACUAGAUAUCCUCUAAAAUCAGAGAUAAAAAGAUCUACCCUCCCCUGUCAGUCAAUUCAGUCUAUGCCGAUUGGCACAGAGAACACUGUGCUAGGCAUGUUUGUUAUGGCAACAUAGAGAGAGACACACAGAAUGAUUAUUGCAGAAGCUUUAAGCAGGCAAUUUUGAGAAUGGUGAGAAAGAACAGCCGAGUUUUACUUACAAAAAGUCAAGAUGUUGGGGAUGUUUAACCGGUUAUGGGAAGCAAGUCGGUGCUUCCUAAACAGAAGCAUGCAGGAAAGGGAUCUUACAGCAGAUGUACGCCCACUGAAAACAUGGUUGAUGGUAGUGGAAAUUAACUUAAAAUAUGUGCUUGUGAUAGUAUUAAGGGAAGAAACACAACACUUCAUUGUCUAACGUGAAUCAUCCAGAUGGUUAGAAAACUUAUCUAUAUCUGUCUUGACAGGUACACUUGAAUUUUUUUUUUCUUUUUCCGUUAAUGGUUGAACACUGAAUGUCCCUAUGUACUCUCAACCCGACUCCCUUCUGCUUGGUCUAAUUGUUCAGCAUUAGUCUGAGCAGCGAUGGUCGACAACAAUAUCACUGCAAACCAUUGUUGGAAGGUGUUGUAUGGCUGAGGCACGGUGUAAUUCUGCUUUAGCCAUAACUUCAAGAGGGGUCGGUCCCCUUGGAUGUCCGGGACUCUCAUUAAGAGUCAAUCCAUUUGAAUAUAAUUUAACAUUGAAGUGUGAGCCGGUGCAAGUGGACUCGAGGCACCAGUGAAGGGAUGAUGGUGCCUGGAGUUUCCUUUUUAAAUGCAGAAAAGAGUAAUACAAUACGUUAAAUGUUCUUUUAGUGACCUCUUCAAACUCCACAUCUCCAGUUACAGGAUGAACCAUAUUGUACUUUCCAGCAACAUAUAAUGCAUUUUUAUAGGCCUAGAAAUUCUGUUUAUAGAUGGUCCCCACAUGUAGACACUACUUAAACACAUGUUCUAAAAUCUUUCUAUCUUUAUUUUUGCUGCCAGAAAGUUAUAGUACAUCCCCUUAUUGUUGCUUUGAAAGCUCAUGUGGUCUCUCUUGUUUUGCAGUCUGGUUGUAACUCAGCCGCAUUUGCUUCUUUCUGCGAAGGAAGAACCUCUCCUAGACCUCUGCAGACUUCUCAGCAGGAAAAAGAAACUGAUUGGCUGCCAGAGCCACCUGUCCAAAGCAAGCGUUCCAUCUCCCCCUCACUACCUCUAAAUAACUCACAAAGAGUCCUCAUUCCGUGUGAAUUCUGUGGAGUACCAAUGGAGCAGGAUAUUCUCUUUCAUCACCAGGUAUAUAUUUUUAAAAAUUUUAUUUGCAGUUUAAAAAGCUUCAUGUGAAAUUAUGUCAUGCAACACAAGUAUAUUAUAAUAUACACAGAAUGAUUAUUCCAGAAGCUUUAAGUAGGCAAUUUUGAGAAUGGUGAGAAUAUAUUAUAGCUUUCUGGGAACCACUCAUUCUGUGCAGUUGAGUUUUGGGUAACCCGUACGGCAGGGAAGCAUGUCCAAUGAUUUUGUACUCUUUGUGCUUAUCCAUCUUUAAUAUGUUGUCCAUACAUAAACCACUGAAAUGAUUGAUAAGUUGUUGUUUGCAAACUACAUUUGUAUGGCUGGAUGUGGAUUGGAUUAUUGCAUUCAGUGGACAUAUUUGUGUUUAGCAUGAUUUGGUAAGCAUGAUCUUUUUGUGUUGCUAGGAUCAAUGUGAUCUGUGUCCCACCUCCGAACACGUUUCGCCUUUUUCAUCAUCAUCCUCAUCAUUCCUCCCCAUUCAUAAGAACUCUGAUAGGGAGGAAGCUGGAGUCCUGGAGAAGCUGCCAUCGGGCCUGUCACUUAAAGGUAACACAGGUGCUUAAAUGUUUGCAAUAGGCAUUCUCAACCAGGCUUCUCCAAACCUCAUCGUACCUGCAGUCUGCAAAACAUGGAGUACACAAAAUGUACUAUUCCUUGGGAACUGCAAAAGAUCUAAUGCUCAUCAAGCUUCCACAAAAUUCAGCUGUAACUUUGGGAUAGUUUCCAACAUCAUACUGCUUAGAAAAAUAUCAUGACAAGUGAUCUCUGGCUUUGGGGGGAUCAUUAAAUAUAUAAAUUAAGCUUUUAUUUAAAGACCUUUUUAAAUGUUUUAUUCCAGGUGCUACACAUAGUUGUUCUGUCUGACUAAUAACAAUUUGUAAAUUGUGUGUAGGUUACUCGUAAGUUGGAUGUCUAAAUACUGGAAUUGUAAGGAAAAUGGUUGUUGGGAAGCACUAGAACUUGCACAUAGUCCCAGAAUGUGAGAUAUCACUUUAUACCACCCACAGGAGGUACAAUACAGAGUCAUAGAAACAACCUUCAAAAGGAAAACCUUAAGCAGCUUAAUUCUUUAAUUGAAAGUCGUCCAGAGGGACGAAAGACAUUCCAGACAAACACUUCAAGAACACGGUUCUCUGGACAAGAAUCAAAUGUGACGGACACGAAAACUGAGGAGGAUAAUGUGAGAUUUGGCAGAAACCAUCACUACGGCUACCCUGAUUCCGGGUUCUAUAGGAGUUUAUCAACCAGGUAAGCAGGUUCGCUAUAAAACAUUUAUUGCACAAAUUCUCUAAUGCAUUGGCAUGUACCGGUAUGUUUUUAGAUCUCAAUCUGUAGUAAAUAUACAGUUAUAAAAAAACAAAACAAACCCUCAGUCAACAAGCAUAUUUUUGUUAUUCAACUUGUCAACCUGAUGCCUAAAAAGUUUGGAAGGUUGCCUGUUUUGAUUUUGUUCUUGACUGUCAUAUGUAUUGAGAUUUAAUAGAAUGCAAAGAAUCCACUUAAUUCCAGUGGAUUUUUAAAGGAUCUCUCCAUGUCCCAACACAUGUUUUGAAGUGUAGAUUAGGAUACAAUUUUUUUUAUGAUGGGUGUACGUUAUAAUUUUUAAAAAAACAUUUUUGAGAUGUACAAAGAAAUUUCUAUUUUCAUUUAGGUAGCAUGUGUUUUAUAUAUAUAUAUUUUUUUUACUUUUUAUUUUUUUAAAGGAAUGACUUUGAAUUUUCAACAAAUGCAAAUGGAUUCAACCCCAGAAACAAACCAAAGGUAUGAACUGCAAUUUGACUGGUUUAUUGUCUUCAUUUAGCUUUAAUAACAUUGUGCUUUUAUUUUAACAUUAACACCGGUAUUCACUAAACUGAGAAUUCAAAUUUCAAAAUGAAAGUCAAAAUAGCUGAACUGGAAACCUUGUCAAAGUCAGCAAUUUGUUUCAUUCAAUUAAUAUGGCUCUUUAAAUUUGAUAUUAACUUCGAAUCCUCACUUUAGUAAAAAAAAUUUGUAAAAUGUACAGCACAUUUAAAGAGCUAGGAAGGAAACGUAAGCAGAGUGCCAUUAAAACAGGAAUAUCCUGAACAUAACCAUACUAAUCACGUCACCUAAAACCCACCAUUAAACGGAAGAAACAUGUUGAGAAACCAAGAUCAGUAAAACAGAGAAAUCGGUAAUUUGGGAACAAAAAUUGCAAGGAUAAUUGGCCAUAAGAAAAUAUGCAAUAGAAAUGCCAAGGACUGCUGUAGAACACAUUCCGAGCUUGAAACGCACAAUGAGCUUGCUGGUUAGUCCCUGGAUUUCAAGUAGCAAAAGAUUCUGUUAAUCCGCCAACUUCCUAGCUGAACGUAAAGCUGUGUAGUUCAAAAGUAUUGGCAGUUGCAUUCAUAGAGUGCUAGACUGGACCAGACAGUAAAAAAUACCUCUGUUGCAUAGAAAAUUUUAAAUAGAAAUAAGGUAAAGAACAAGCCUAGUCAUAGACUAUCCCCCCAGUGUAGCACUCUAUAAUGUCUUACACUAGCCAAUCUACACUAAUGUUUAACCUUUCACAAGCUUAUAAUACUUGCUUGCAAAAUUGUUUGGCAGAACACAAGAUAAGGAGUGAAGCUCUACCAGUAAACUUCAAAUGAAUCGGGUUUAUCUGGUUUAAUUCUGUUAGCCAUUCAUGUUUGGUGGAGGAGGGGCAUUUUUAAUCAGAAUCCAAUGGGGAAUUUGUUUUGAUAUGUUCCCCUUUCACUCCCUGCCCCAUGGCAUAUCUGUAUUGUGUAAGAAUGUGCUGUGUGAACGUUGUGUGAAGUAUACAAGUGCAGCAAAUAUUUAUUAUUGUAUUAUAAGGAUACUACUUCUUAUUUAUUCAGGGCAUUCAUUGAAAAUUUAGCUGACUUUAUUGACCUUGUAAUAAAUCGACAGACUCUCUUUCUCCUCCUACCCUGUUCGCAGGGGUCUCUCCCUCGGCCUCUGGGUUAUUAGGUGAGAAAGAUCAACAAACUAUACCACAAGGAGACUGGCAUGCCCUGCGAGAUAGCUGGUAAUACUCUCCGUGGUACCUGCUUAUACAGACUUGAACCUGCUAAAUGUAAGGGAUACUUAUAGAGUUUCUCCAACUCUUGAUCUCAUCUUACUUUGUCAUUUUGCAUGACUUGGUGACCUGCGUGUCACAAGUUAUUACUACAGGGGACUUACAUGUCUCACAGAAUUUCAAAAUAAGCUCACGGCAGUACCUGCGAGUACAGAUACAACACCUGUUUCCCUGCAUUUUGUUAAAACCAGGAAACACUUUCUUUAUAAACAGAAAUUUAAAAAUAAAAACAGCAGAAUCACUCUAAUGGUUGUGAUGAAGCUUACAUAUUUGAUAAUUCUACUAAGGGAAAAAAAAACAAAUAUUACAUCACCUGACACGUGUUUUGCUCUCACCAGGAGUGAAGUGCAUAGGAGUAUUUUUAUUUUUUUUCAUAACCAUUCUAGCUAUUCAGCCACUGACAAUUUAGGGAAUGGUGUCUCUGGCACCACAUCAUCCAACAGUUCUUGGUACUACCAGAGGUAUUGCUUAACUUUAGGGAUGGAUUUUCCAUUAGGCAGAGUAGGCACAUGUGCCUUUUUGGAGCAAAGAAGGACUGGUGUGAAGUGAUAACUAUCGGGAGCUUUGGCCAGUGUUCUACUCCAGUCAGCCUCAUACUUGGUAUGAUCCUAUCAUUGACAGCAGAGCUCCAGGAAACAUUAUAGAGUGUGUAAAACACAGCGCUGUCACAGCUCCUCAAGUGUCUGUGUGUGUGUAAGUCUGGACAGGAAAGGAAAGGGAUCAUUUGCUAUCACACGAACAGCCUCUCACACAGGAAAUGCAUUGCAGAAGGCGACAGUACUGAGUGAUGCACACUGUAUAACCGCUACUGCUGGUCUGAUAUCAAUCAUAGGUGGGAUUAAGCACUCAUGCCUAAAACUAGAAAAACCCUUUACCUUAAUACUAAGUUUAACUCUAGUUUAAACCACAAACACCCCUUGUACUCAAAUAUUAAAGGGACACUAUAGUCACCAGAACAACUACAGCUUAUUUCAUUUGUUCUGGUGAGUAGAAUCAUUACCUUCAGGCUUUUUCAGUAAACACUGUCUUUUCAGAGAAAAUGCAGUGUUUACAUUACAGCCUGUCACAAACGCACUCUACUUCAAGAGUGUGCGUGACGUAGUUGUGGUGGUGAAAGGGUUAAAGUUUACCAUUUGUCUGCACUAGACGGGAAAUAAUAAUAAAAUAUCACUUAACACCACUCCCACUUAACCAUAAUAAUAUAACUAUUAGUAUUUUAAUGCUGCCACCACCAAGACAGUUUAUAAAUGGGGUGCCUUGGUCCCCCAGGUAAAUCAAUAAUAAAAACCCACCAAAUACAACUUAGCACAAUACUUAAGGAAUUCGUCUCUUCAGGUAACGUGAUUCUUUACCAGACAAAGGCAGAACUUUAUAAAGGAAUAUUUAUUAUGAGCAAAAAAAGUCACAGUACAAAAAAAGUACAAAAAUAUAGUUGACAAUCAAAAUUAUUGACCCCAACAACAGAUGAAAACAAAAGGCAUGAAAUAACAGAAGUCCUGAUUACUUACUCAAUUUUUCAAAAUACACUUCUGUCCAGGGGGUCUCGGUUAGAAAGGUGGUGACUCACUUAGAAUUAGAUUCUGGCCCCAAGCAAGUACAAAGCACCCUUCAGGAUCAUUAAAGAUACACCCUGUGGAUUACCAUGCCUCGCCCAGAGGUGGAGUAAAGGCGUAUCUAAAGAGAUACUAAGUGACGACAACUUGUGUCCAGACCCACAUAAAACCAAAUGGAAACAUUUGGUUCUAUCUUCUCUUAUAUACCUGCUACAGAAAUAAUAAUUGCAUCUACAAAUUCAUUCUUGCUUUCUUAAAUAUGUCACACUUCUUACUUGUGACCCAAUAUAGCGGAUAUCACGAUUUCUUCCCCUAUGGUCAAGGUAUGCCAAUCCUGUUUGAACUUUUUUUAGAAGAUGGCGCUUGUCACGUUCCUUAUAUAGCAGAAAUGAGGCUUAAUUAUUCUGUGGGUAAAUCUUAAUGUUUUUUUUUUUUUUUUGUCUUUUGGAUAUUCUACUGGAGCAAGGCUAAUGGGCAUUAACAUAUCAAAGAGAUUGACUCCUCAAUUAAGAGUUACAUGCCAUAUGCCUGAAGCCAGACAUUCAGGCUUUUCCAGUGUAGAAUCUCACACCUUGCAGAUCCUUUGAUUAAUUCACAGGAUACAUCCAUAUGGUAAAACCCUUUUCACAUUCCUGUAUGAGUUACAUUACCCCUUCUGUCAUCUGACCUUACAUACAAUCAAAUUAACCCCUUUUUUACAUUAAUAUUUCAUCUCUACCAGACAGGCACUACACAAACUUACAUUAAAGGAUAAUAUUCUGUAGUGCAAUAACGAAUUAUGCACUAUUGCUGUGACACAGCCUAGUGAUAACUCCACCGGCUACUCCUCAGAUGGCUGCUAGAGGUGCUUCCUGGGGCAGUGCUGCCUGGUGUGCAGCACUGUCAUUCAGCAUCUCCACCCUCUGCAUGCAGACACUGAACUUUCCUCAUAGAGAUGCAUUAAUUCAAUUCAUCUCUAUGAGGAGAUGCUGAUUGGCCAGGGCUGUGUUUGACUUGUGCUGACUCUGCCCUUGAUCUGCCUCCUUGACAGUCUCAGCCAAUCCCAUUGUGAUUGACUCAGACCACCACUUCUGAUGAUGUCAGCAGACACAGGCACAGGGGCAGAGCCAGGAGUAAGAUUUUACUAUAUUUAGGGAGGCUAGAGGUGCCCAGGGGACUAGAUGGUGGUUUUAACACUAUAGGGUCAGGAAUACAUGUAUAAUGUUUCUUUAAAAUCAUCCCCACUGUAAACCUAAACCAAAUAAUCCUGAACAUCUUUUAUACCACACAUUUAACCCCUUUCAAACUAAUUCCUUUUAGCAAUAAAUGCCCAAUGUAAUCUAACUUUGACAUUUACCCCUCCUUAAACCCCCCUUUCUUACCAACUUCUAAAAUCUUAACCCUGCAUGCAUUUACACAGCUGCCUGCUCACCGCACUUAUAAAAUCAAAUUUAUUAAACAAAACUGAACAUAAACAUCACAUUGACUAUGACAUUCAUAUGAAGACUGCCUGCGGAAGGUGACAAGCUGAAGCACCAGUGGCAGCGAUUACAGCCUUAAGUCUUUUUGGGUAUGACGCAACAAGCUUUGGAAACAAAUAUUUAGGUACUUUCCUGCAUUCAUAUCAGCGGAUCAUCUCAAGCUCUGUCAGGUUGGUUGGCAACGGUUGAUGAACACAAUCGAACAUCUCUAGAGAGACCUGGAAAUGGUUGCUCAAGUAUGGGCUCUGUGAAUGUCUUUUAGUCGCCCAGUCAGUUGUUCCAAAGCCACUGUUGCGUUGUCUUUGCUAUGUGCUGUUGGAAGGUGAACCUUUGGCUUGGUCUGAGAUCCUGAGCGCUCUUCACUAGGUUUUCAUUAAAUAUAUCUCUGGUCCGAGUUGAGGGAAAGCUGAACACACCAAAAUACAGUCUCUGGAAGUAUUUUUCAGAGGCAAUGACAAAGUAUGAUGCUAACACCACCCUAAUUCUCUCUGGCUUUCUUUCAAACAUUGCACUUUGAACUGAGGACAAACUGUUCAUUUCAGCAGACAAUAAAAUAUUGUUUCUCACAGUUUGAGAGUCCUUUUAAAAAAAAAAAAUUAAAAAAAAAAAUCAUGUGCCUUGUAGUGAGGAGAGACUUCUGUCUGGCCAGUUUGCUGCACUCAACCAAUCUGGCCUUUAUGGCAGUUAUGGUUGUUUCUUGACCUCUGGAGCUCACCCAGAGUGACCAUCAGGUUAAUGAUCACUUCUCUUACCAAGGUUGUUCUCCCCAAUUGCUCAGUUUUGGCCAGGACCCAGCUCAACGAACAGUCCUGGUUGUUCCAAACUUCUUCAGUUUCAAAAUUAGUUUAAAUCUCUCAAAACCUUCUGUUUGUGCCUCUAGAUUGAUUUUAUUUUCUACCAACAGGCAAAGAAACCAAACUCGGUGACUGGAGAUGUUGAAAAGGAGGAAUGACCGCCAAUCUUUAACUGCAUUAAAGAUAUAUUGCUUCAUCUGGACUAUGGCUAUAUGUUUCAAUCAUUCGUCUUACAUGCGUCCAUAAUAUGCAACAUAUUGCUUUUUGAGUCUCUUUUAAAGGGUUAAAUAUUUAUAUUUUCAUUGGUAAAAAUAAGAACUGCCUUUUUUUUUUUUGGGGGGUAUAGUUGACCUUCAGAACUUCCACUGUAUAGUGUGCAACACUUUUUCUAAUUUUGUAAUUGUAUAUUUAAAGAAAACUUUAUAAUUUUUUUGUGUAAUGGAUAGUAUAAAGCAGACACUCUUCUUUCUCUGUUUUCUCAAUUCCGCUUUAAAAUAUUGGCAUUAAAAUGCAUAGGACUACAUUCCCCUGAUGUGGUGUUCUGAUGUUCAUGACGUUUUGUGAAUAUAGCCUUGGCUGUUUUUAAUGCUUUCACAUGAAGUGUGGAAUUCUCUCCCCUUCUGUAGUUUUUACUUGUAGGCUACUGGUGAAGAAUCAUUGGUACAGUAAUUCAACAACUUUACUAACCUUGUGAUUAGACUUACAAGGAGUUAUGCCCUAAACAAAGAAAUUACCUAUUUUGGCUUAACAUUCCUUUGUCGAUUCUCCAAAAUUCAGUUACUCUUCCGAACACUUGGAGUGGGUGAGCAAGAGGUGAAGACACAAAAAAAAAAAAAAAAAUGUGCAAGAAGUGAUCAAAAUCCUAUUGUGUGUCUUCUUUAUCUGAUGCUUGUUUACCUUUUGAAUUGUAUGAUUUUCCUUUUUUACGUUUUUGGUUUUUUGAAACCAUGUGUUAAGCACACAGUGAAAUUAAUCUCCUUGUCUUAAUACAGCUUGAGUGUACCAUUUUUUUAUAGACCUAUUUUCCUCCUCCACUGUUCUUGGUGGAUCACCACUGUCUGUUGGCAGAUCGAUCAGUAUCUAGCCAUAUGGACAUGCUGUUAGGAAAGUAAUGGCCAGCAUUGUGAGAAUCAUACCGCUGUCAAGCAUGUUCUUUUGAAGAACAAGUCUAUGAACUAGUUCAGUUUCUCAGAUUAAAAUCCAUGUUUCAUUCUGAAUUGGGACCUGCACUUAAUCAUGAAUAUUGUGCUGAACAUAUCUGAUAUUUUUUUUUUUUUUUUUUUUUAAACACUGUAAACAACAUUUCUCUAUUCUUGUAUAUGUAGAUUGUGAGAGGGGGAUUUAGUAGGUGUUGGUAAGAAAUUAAUACGGGCAGUGCUAGAUAUAGCACAUUUGUCACCCGAGAUAAUUUGUUAUAAAAUGUAUGUUCUUUAUUAAAGAAAAUAUUCUGUA